AUGGCUGUCCAGAAGAAGACCUACACCAAAUGGAUGAACAGUGUCUUCACCAAGAACGGGGUGAGAGGAAUGGUUCUUCAUGCUUAUCAUCAGCUUUUUAACUGUCAUGCCUUUUUAGUACCAUGCUUAUCACAUGUCUAAAAGUAAUGUCAUACACUAAUCACAUACUCUUGGUGCUGGUCAAAAGGUUAAACUUGAAAAAGACCAAAGACCACACUUCACAAGUGUGCCUGAUAAUCUCUCCUUAGCAGCUGGCUGACCUCAGUCAGCCCUUACAAAAAAAUAUUAGUUUUUAAACUGCAGUAAAAGUGCACUAACUGCAGUCAACUGCGGUACUUUGGAGGCAGUAAUUGCAAAAUAUCCUCAGUGUACUGCAGUUGAACUGCACUGUAACUGCAGUUACACUGUAAAAUCACUGCACAAUCUUUUUUCAUAAGGGAGACCUCAGUGUCUGAUUAGCCACUAUCUGUGAAAGCUGUAACAACAUGUUGAAGUUUAUGAAAAUCAUCAUUAUCUCACAGACACUAAUAAGCUGUUGGCUCUGAUGAGGUAAUAUGGGCUAAUAGCAAUGUAAUAAGGAAAUAGAUCUGUGGUAGAUCAAUGCCAGCAAUAUUUGAUGAAUCCAAAACUACGUUUAAACUGUGAAAUGUGUUCCAUUUCGCUACAUUCUAUUCUAUCCAUUCCUCUGAGAUUUACUGGAUGUGAGCCUGAUGCUGCAAAACUGAAUGUCAUUUGCAUGAAACUCGAGUUAUUCAAUACAACUUUAUUCAUCCCCCAGGGGCAAUUUAGAUGGGUAGGGCUAUGCCUUCUUAUCUAAGAGCAGUUAGAGAGGAGAUGCAGGGCCAAAACUGAGGACUGAACUAGCCGAGGGGACUGUCAUGCUUUAUGGACUCUAGACAGGUAACAGUGCUGACGCUUGGUCAAUAAGUAACCUCACUCUGUCAUCUAGGAGAGGGAGGGAGAGUGAGAGAGAAAGAAUCCAAGAUCUGGCAUAAAUAUUGCACCAGCUAGACACAGGAAGGAAAGAGACACUCUCUUUUUAUAGCAUUAGCUUUGUUUAUGUUCCAUUUCUAGGGAAGAUAACAUUGUUAUUCAGAACCCAUCACGUCAGAUCCCUUCGAGGAGCUGAAGGUAACUUAAACGGUCAGAAUGUGGGCACUGUUCUUCUUUUAUGUCCCUCUUUUUCCUGCAUGGGGACAAGGUUGUUCACACCCACACCAUGUGAUUCCGACGCAUGGUUCACCACAUGUAUUUGAAAUGCUUCCCCUUCCCUUUCCUCCUGCUCUCUCUCUCUCUCUCUCCCUCUGAGUGUUGUUCUGUUGAAAUCAGCCCAUAAGCAACAUUUGCGUUGAAUAUCACGGUAGUGGAAAUGUUACAUGGCAGGCAGAGGCCUAUAGAAAAGCCUUUGACUGCACACUUUACUGGAAUUACCCAUACACAUCUGACUACAAAGAUCCAGAUGAACCAGAUCACAAACACACCAAGUCAACCUGAAUCUGUAUUUACAGUGCAGCAUCAUGCAUUGCCAACUCCUAUGGUCGUUGUCAUGGCAUGGCCAUAGGUGUUGGCUAUAAAGCACAAACAGAUCUGGGACCAGGCUAAAGUGCUCUAUACUGUACUGUAAAAAUCUGCGAAGACCUGAGCCAGCCAGCGUGCAUACUGUAACAGUGAUGUAUAAUAACCAGUGUAAUGAUGUAAUGGAUGAGCCCUGGCCUGGUACCCCUCCCAGCUUCCCACCACUGUGGAUCCAGAGAGACCAGGGCAGACCAGGCCUGCUUAGGCUCUCCCAUAAUUACCCUGUUAGGAGAGAGGAGAGGCAGUCAGUAGACCUGAGUUCAAAUACUAUUUGAAAUCUUUCAAAUACUUUGAGCAAUUGUUCUAGCCUGCCUGGAGUGGUGGGUUUUGCAUUUGUGGGACUAAUGUAUUGGUCCAUUAAGCCAGGCAAGCUCAAUCAAGCACAUAAAGUAUUUGAAAUUAUUUAGAAUAGUAUUUGAACCCAGGUGUGGCUGCCAGGAGGUAAAGCGAUCUGUUUAGAGACGUGAUUCCCCUGGCGUCUGGAUUAGGGAGUGGCUGUCACACUGGCUGAAGAGGAUAGUGGCGGGGAGACGAGGGAGGGAGGGGAAGGGUGCUUGUCUGAGUCACACUUUAAUGGAGCACAGUGGCAGCAGGCCAAACUAACAGGCCCCAAUGUCAGAGCAGAGCCUCAUAGCCCUGGCUGCAGCUGGCUGGGCUGGAGCCAAGCUAACGUUUCCUGCACCUCCUAACCAAAUGUCACACAUUUACACAGGUCAGUGAAAAUAGACACCCCAGUAUGUAUGAGAAAAUGAAUUGUAUUUUUGCAGAAGUGGUGAAGGUUAUGACGAGUUGAUCAUAGUUUCCUUCCUGACUUGCACAACCUGUGAAUACAAUUUUUAAUCACAUCCACUAAUUAUAUUUCUAGGAAAGAGAUGAGCCGGUUUAGAGCUUUACUCUACUCUAACUAGUUGUGUUAGCUGGGUGAUCAGGUGACGUCACAGAGGUGCAGUCCCAUGACAGGUUUCGUAACACAGGUCAUAAAGGUGUUCUGUUAAACAGGAAGUGUUUCUUCAUCACUUUCUAUGUCAAUACAUCUCCUAUCAUGUUACAAAAGACACAGUCAUGCUAUGCUUCCAACUGAAACUACUACUACUAUAACAGGAAAUUGGCUGGCUGGACUAAGCAUUAAUCAUAUAUUCUAUAUUGAUACAAAAGGCUCAAUAGCCAUUCUGUGCUGUCAACUAAAACUAAUAGUAUAGAAUUGCUUGGCUGGAAGAUGUGACUGAAUUGAAGAAACUAUGCACACAUAUCAUGUUUCCAGGUGCAACAGAAAACAAAUUACUAAAAAGGAAGAAGCUCCAGCACACUUGUGAUCACGGAUGCUCCACAUACAUACAGAAUACAACCAUUUAAUGGAUCUCACACCAAUGUUUUUCCCCCCCAUUCUCACACACAUGUUGUCUGUCCCUCUCCAGGAGAAGCUGUCCCUUAGUGAUGUGUACACAGAGCUGAAGACAGGGGUCCCCCUGGUCCGUCUGUUAGAGUUCAUCUCCAGGGAGAAGCUGCCCACCCCCAGCCGACGCACCCUACGGGUCCACUGCCUGGAGAACAACAGCAUCGCCAUCAACUUCCUCAAGACUAAGGUACAUUCACAAUACAGAGUUUAGUGAACUGAAGGAUUUAGGAAUCCCAAAAAAUAUCUUACCAAGGAUCUUUUAGGUUAAUUUGAAGGGAAACAGGCCUACGUUUCCUUAGAACCUAGGCAUCAUGUGAAGUGUCAUGGGGUAAGAUGUUUUUUUUGUUUUACAGUUCUGUGGUUGUUUCUGAGUUGUUGGGGGUAUGGUUUUGCCUCUGACAGUGGUUCACAUGACAACAGAACAACUAUCCUUACAUUUAUUUUGCAAUAUCAGAAACCAAAAUUGGAUUAAGCCAUCUAGGCUAGUCCAUAGCCAUAUUUAUUUUAUGUACUCUUGUACCCCUUUUACUACUGUACGUUUGGAUUUCUCCUGAGUAGUUAUCAACCAAUACCUGCUGUCCUUUCAGAUUCGUGUGGAUCUGAUUGGCCCUGAGAACGUUGUGGAUGGAGACCGGACCCUGAUCUUGGGCCUGCUGUGGAUCAUCAUCCUACGCUUCCAGAUCGGAGCCAUCAAUCUCGAUGAGGUAUUUCCCAUAGAAUUAGAAUGAGUAGAACAGGUUUGGAACCUCUCUGACCAGAAUAAUUAUAUUUCUAUAAUACAUGACCAAAAGUAUGUGGACAUCUGCUCGUCGAACAUCACAUUCCAAAUCAUGGGCAUUAAUAUGGAGUUGGUCCCCCUUUUGCUUCUAUAACAGCCUCUACUCUUCUGGCAAGGCUUUCCACUAGAUGUUUGAACAUUGCUGCGGGGACUCGCUUCCAUUCAGCCACAAGAGCAUUAGUGAGGUCGGGCACUGAUGUUGGGCGAUUAGGACUGGCUCGCAGUCGGCGUUCCAAUUCAUCCCAAAGGUGUUCAAUGGUGUAGAGGUCAGGGCUCUGUGCAUGCCAGUCAAGUUCUUAUACACCGAUUUCGACAAACCAUUUCUGUAUCGACCUCACUUUGUGCACGGGGGCAUUGUCAUGCUGAAACAGGAAAGGGCCUUUCCCAAACUGUUGCCACAAAGUUGGAAGCAAAGAAACAUCUAGAAUGUCAUUGUAUGCUGUAGCAUUAAGAUUUCCCUUCACUGGAACUAAGGGGCCUAGCCCGAACCAUGAAAAACACCCCCAGACCAUUAUUCCUCCUCCACCAAACUUUACAGUUGGCACUAUGCAUUGGGGCAGGUAGUGUUCUCCUGGCAUCCACCAAACCCAGAUUCGUCCGUCGGACCGCCAGACGCAUGAUUCAUCACUCCAGAGAACGCGUUUCCACUGCUCCAGAGUCCAGUGGCGGUGAGCUUUACACCACUCCAGCCGAAGCAUGGCAUUGUGCAUGGUGAUCUUAGGCUUGUGUGUGGCUGCUCGGCCAUGGAAACCCAUUUCAUGAAACUCCCGACGAACAGUUCUUGUGCUGACGUUGCUUCCAUAGGCAGUUUGGAACUCGGUAGUGAGUGUUGCAACCAAGGACAGACAAUUUUUAUGCGCUACACGCUUCAGCACUUGCCGGUCCCGUUCUGUGAGCUUGUGUGGCCUACCACUUCGCGGCUGAGCCGUUGUUGCUCCUAGACGUUUUCACUUCACAAUGACAGCACUUACAGUUGACCGGGGCAGCUCUAGCAGGGCAGAUAUUUGACGAACUGACUUGUUGGAAAGGUGGCAUCCUACGACGGUGCCAUGUUGAAAGUCACUGAGCUCUUCAGUAAGGCCAUUCUACUGUCAAUGUUUGUCUAUGGAGAUUGCAUGGCUGUGUCCUCGAUUUUAUACACCUGUCAGCAACGGGUGUGGCUGAAAUAGCCAAAUCCACUCAUUUGAAGGGGUGUCCAUAUACUUUUGCAUAUAUAUAGUGUAUUUCCUCUGUCCUGGGCAUGACCUGGAAUACACCUCACUGAAUGAAUGGAGAUUAUACACUGAGUGUAUAAAACAUUAAGGACAACUGCUCUUUCCAUGACAUAGACUGACCAGGUGAAUCCAGGUGAAAGCUAUGAUCCCUUAUUGAUGUCACUUGUUAAAUCCACUUCAAUCCAUGUAGAUGAAGGGAAGGAGACAGGUUAAAGAAGGAUUUUUAAGCCUUGAGACAAUUGAGACAUGGAUUAUAUAUAUGUGCCAUUCAGAGGGUGAAUGGGAAAGACAAAAUAUUUAAGUGCCUUUUUGAACGGGGUAUGGUAGUAGGUGCCAGGCUCACUGGUUUGUGUCAAGAACUUCAACGCUGCUGGGUUUUUCACACUAAACAGUUUCCCGUGUAUAUAAAGAAUGGUCCAACACCCAAAGGACAUUCAGCCAACUUGACACAACUGCGGGAAGCAUUGGAGUCAACAUGGGCCAGCAUCCCUGUGGAACGCUUUCGACACCUUGUAGAGUCCGUGCCCCGACAAAUUGAGGCUGUUCUGAGGGCAAAAGGGGGUGGGUGCAACUCAAUAUUAGGAAGGUGUCCUUAAUGUUUUGUACAAUCAGUGUAUAUUGUAUUAUGUGUCAUACUAUAUUUGAAAUCUGAAUUUCAUGUGGUUCAAAGAAAUGUGAACAUUUUAAUUAAAAUGACAAGAUGUGAUACAAUGUAUAUUGUUCUCAUCAAGUAAGUGCCAAAGGUCAAGCCUAACCUUUUGGAUGAAAAAACAAGAAGUAAUACAGAUACUGUUCUUUAAAGUAAGUGCCAGAAGUGCAGACUGCAUACUAAGCCCGGUCUACCUGUUUCAGGCAAGUGGUGGUGCCAGCAACGCCCGUCGUUCUGCCAAGGAAGCUCUUCUGAUCUGGUGCCAGCGUAAAACAGCAGGAUACUCCAACGUCAAUGUGCAGGACUUCUCAGGAAGCUGGAGGAAUGGGCUGGCAUUCAACGCCCUCAUUCAUGCCCACCGGUACAGAGCAGCAAGGGGAAAAUGGCAGGAUAGUUCCGAGGGGCAGUUUCUUAGAUUCAGAUUAAGCCUUAUUCAAUGGAGAAUCUCCAUUAAAAGUGCUAUUUAAUUAUCCAGAAGUGCAUUUGCUUAAUCUAGGUCUGGGAAACCCCCCUAGGAGUUUACAGAUGUAUAGGUUUUGUUAAUGAAUUUACUGUACCCAUCACAUUUCUGAACUGAAAAACAUUUUGUCGCAGACCUGACCUGUUUGAUUAUAAUCGUUUGCGUGAGGAGGACCCUAAGAGGAACCUGGGCCAUGCCUUCACUCUGGCCGAGAAUGAGUUUGGCAUCCUCCAGCUGCUGGAUGUGGAGGACAUCGAUGUUAAACACCCAGAUGAGAAGUCCGUCAUGACCUACGUAUCUCUCUACUACCACUACUUCUCCAAGAUGAAGCAGGGACAGACCAUCCAGAAGAGACUGGCCAAGGUCAGUAGAAUCAGAAAACUUCAUUGCCAUGCAACAAAUGUUACUAGGAAUUUAUGUUGGUGAUGUACACAGAAGCAUCCAUCGUCCUAAUCCAUCCUGUCUAUGGUUAUCUAUAGCAUAUCCUUGGGUCAUAUCCACAUCAGAUCUAGUCAGGGAUGGGCCCGCCUGGCGUGGUGGCUCAGUUGUGAUGAGGAUAACAUCCAUUCUCUCUUCAUUGUUGACAAAACAAAAGGCGAGGCCACUGUGCAGUGUAUACAACACACACACACAGUCUUGCGCGGCUAACCUUGUGGGGACAUACAAUUCAGUCCCAUUUAAAAUCCUAUUUUCCCUUAGCCUAAUCCUAACCUUAACCCAAAAACCUAACCCUAAACCUAACCCUAGCUCCUAACCCUAAAACUAACCCUAUCUCCUAACCCUAACACUAUUUCUAACCUUAACCCCCUAGAAAUAGCAUUUGACCUUGUGGGGACCAAAAAAAUGUCCCCAUUUGGUCAAAUUCUUCUUGGUUUACUAUUCUUGCGGGGACUUCUGGUCUUAACUUUAACAUGUUAAUAUCCAGACCUGGGAUUCAGGCGACCUCUGUAGGCCAUUAGUUGAACUGCACUUCUCCUAAUAUUGAAUGUACUGUAGUUUCUAAAUAAGGGCAACGCCUCCUGUGACUGUCCUGUGGAUUAGGCCGGGGAUUUCACUGUGGAGCAAUUGGAGGAUGGGUGGUGCUACUGCUAGAGCUAAUCAGAUCAGUACAAACACCGAUCCUCUAAUGCAGAGCAAUGACUGUCAGUUGUGGGGAGAAACAGACACUGAGACGCGCUGUAGCCGGAAGCUAGGGGCAUAACCUGUCUAACCUACUACUCACUAAUUGACAACUCCUGCAAGAUUGGGCCCAGCCAGCAGGACUGAAAACGUGGAUGGAAGCGCUUAAUCUGACCCAGUCAGUGAGAGAGACUGUAGUUAUUUACUCUAUAGUGGAUCUGAGGUAGAGAGUGAGAGGGAGGUCUAUAGGAGGACAGUACGCUAGCGUCCGUUAUGUUAGCACAGUGGCCAGAGUGACCUGAGCCACAUGGAGAGCUGCAGCAGGACUGAGUGGAGUGCUGUUUGUUUUGAAUGUACUGAGCCUGAGGACUGAGCCAAGCUGGGUGACACAUCAUCAUCAUCAUCCUCUCAUCUUCACCACCAUGCUAACACGUGGAAACAGACACAGCAACAUGUUUCUGCAGUGCUGAGGGGGAGAGCGAGAGCUGCUGUGGUGUGAUCAUAAAGGUGUAUUACAGUACAGUAAAUGAUGACUGGCAGGUUGCGUGGGGAAUAAGACGGCAGUGAGAGCUAGUCACUAUGGUAAUUUACAAAGAGCAGUGGAGCUGACAGGUAUAACAUGUCCUUCGGUGGCAGUCUGAGUUACCAAUGGUUUAGGUGGCAACACAGGAGGGAGUCCACCAUUGGACUCCAAAUGGGGAAGCUGAUCAAGGUGUGUAGUGUGUAUGUAAGCCUAGUGUGUAUGUACCUGUGUAGUGGGCGAGGUGUGUAGCCUACUGAUGUAGUGUGUAGCUACAGUGAGGGAAAAAAGUAUUUGAUCCCCUGCUGAUUUUGUACGUUUGCCCACUGACAAAGAAAUGAUCAGUCUAUACUUUUAAUGGUAGGUUUAUUUGAACAGUGAGAGACAGAAUAACAACAACAAAAUCCAGAGAAACGCAUGUCAAAAAUGUUAUAAAUUGAUUUGCAUUUUAAUGAGGUAAAUAAGUAUUUGACCCCCUCUCAAUCAGAAAGAUUUCUGGCUCCCAGGUGUCUUUUAUACAGGUAAAGAGCUGAGAUUAGGAGCACACUCUUAAAGGGAGUGCUCCUAAUCUCAGUUUGUUACCUGUAUAAAAUACACCUGUCCACAGAAGCAAUCAAUCAAUCAGAUUCCAAACUCUCCACCAUGGCCAAGACCAAAUAGCUCUCCAAGGAUGUCAGGGACAAGAUUGUAGACCUACACAAGGCUGGAAUGGGCUACAAGACCAUCACCAAGCAGCUUGGUGAGAAGGUGACAACAGUUGGUGCGAUUAUUCGCAAAUGGAUGAAACACAAAAUAACUGUCAAUCUCCCUCGGCCUGGGGCUCCAUGCAAGAUCUCACCUCGUGGAGUUGCAAUGAUCAUGAGAACGGUGAGGAAUCAGCCUAGAGCUACACGGGAGGAUCUUGUUAAUGAUCUCAAGGCAGCUGGGACCAUGGUCACCAAGAAAACAAUUGGUAACACACUAUGCCGUGAAGGACUGAAAUCCUGCAGCGCCUGCAAGGUCCCCCUGCUCAAGAAAGCACAUAUACAGGCCCGUCUGAAGUUUGCCAAUGAACAUCUGAAUGAUUCAGAGGAGAACUGGGUGAAAGUGUUGUGGUCAGAGGAGACCAAAAUCGAGCUCUUUGGCAUCAACCCAACUCGCCGUGUUUGGAGGAGGAGGAAUGCUGCCUAUGACCCCAAGAACACCAUCCCCACCGUCAAACAUGGAGGUGGAAACAUUAUGCUUUGGGGGUGUUUUUCUGCUAAGGGGACAGGACAACUUCACCGCAUCAAAGGGUCGAUGGACGGGGCCAUGUACCGUCAAAUCUUGGGUGAGAACCUCCUUCCCUCAGCCAGGGCAUUGAAAAUGGGACGUGGAUGGGUAUUCCAGCAUGACAAUGACCCAAAACACACGGCCAAGGCAACAAAGGAGUGGCUCAAGAAGAAGCACAUUAAGGUCCUGGAGUGGCCUAGCCAGUCUCCAACCAUUAAUCCCAUAGAAAAUCUGUGGAGGGAGCUGAAGGUUCGAGUUGCCAAACGUCAGCCUCGAAACCUUAAUGACUUGGAGAAGAUCUGCAAAGAGGAGUGGGACAAAAUCCCUCCUGAGAUGUGUGCAAACCUGGUGGCCAACUACAAGAAACGUCUGACCUCUGUGAUUGCCAACAAGGGUUUUUCCACCAAGUACUAAGUCAUGUUUUGCAGAGGGGUCAAAUACUUAUUUCCCUCAUUAAAAUGCAAAUCAAUUUAUAGCAUUUUUGACAUGCGUUUUUCUGGAUUAUUUUGUUGUUAUUCUGUCUCUCACUGUUCAAAUAAACCUACCAUUUAAAAAUAUAGACUGAUCAUGUCUUUGUCAGUGGGCAAACGUACAAAAUCAGCAGGGGAUCAAAUACUUUUUUCCCUCACUGUAUGCCUUGACUUUGUUUGGCUUAGAGAUCUAGCCUUCAUCCACAUGCAACUAUAACCCUUUUGAAACUCUGUUUUCAACUGCAGUGUAUGUAGUAAACAUUGCUCCCAAGCAGCCCAAAAGUCUGAAUUAUGCAGAAUGCACAGUGCCCUCUAGCCUUCAGAUUGAAUAAAAGGAUAUUAACUUUAUUUCAAUAUGUUUUCAUUAUCUAUAGGAGGUUUUACUGUAUGUUUCAUGUGUAUCUUUCUGAUUCGUUAAUGUAAUAACUCCCUCUCUUCUUUCUUCUUCCAGAUCGUGGGUCUCCUGAAGGAGCUAGAUGAUCAGAAGAUCCUGUAUGAGAGAAUGGUGUCUGACCUCCUGCGGUGGAUCAAGACCAAAGUGGUGGAGCUUAACGACCGCUCCUUCCCCAACUCCCUGAGGGACAUGCAGCAGCUGGUGGCCUCCUUCAAGACCUACCGCACCGUGGAGAAACCCCCCAAGUACCAGGAGCGAGGGGCCAUCGAGGAAAACUUCUUCAGCCUGCGCACCAAGCUCAUGGCCAACAACCAGUGGGCCUACGUUCCCCCGGAGGGGAAGAACCUGGGGGACAUUGAGAAGAACUGGGCCUUAAUGGAGCGGGCGGAGCAUGAGAGAGAGGACGCCCUCCAGAGGGCGUUGCUAAGGCUGGAGCAACUGGAGCAGCUGGCCCAGAAGUUUGGCAGGAAGGUAUGUUUCUUGUUUUGUAACUUAUUGUCUUUUAUUAUUAGGGGUUAUUUGAUUUGUCAUUGAGGACCACUUCGGAAAUAAGUGUUUUAAUUAAUAAUAAUGCUUUCAAGUGAUGGAUCAAAUGCACAUCUUGUAGAUUGAUGCAUGUCUUGGUCUUUGGUUACACCUUCUAUAAACCACAUGCGUAUAGUACUCUAUAACAUCCUUUAUAAUGCCUUAUAGUACACUUAUGUGUUAUGACACUGACUAAAAUUCAAUGCCAUCCAUUCAGGCAGUGCUGAGGGAGGGCUAUCUGGAGGACACAGCACAGCUGAUCAGCAGACAGGACCUGAGGGGGUUAAACAGCCUGGAGGAGGCCCAGGCUGCAGCCCGGAGAUUGGAGGCCCUGGGGACAGACACCCUGGCUAGGGAGCCUCGCUUCAGAGCCCUCAGCGACAUGGCGGCUGUCAUUGAGAAGGGGAACUACCACAGCAAGGCCCAAGUCAUCCGGAGGUAAGGCUUAUAACUAAACUACCACAGCAAGGCCCAAGUCACCGGAGGUAAGGCUUAUAACUAAACUACCACGGCAAGGCCCAAGUCAUCCGGAGGUAAGGCUUAUAACUAAACUACCACGGCAAGGCCCAAGUCAUCCGGAGGUAAGGCUUAUAACUAAACUACCACGGCAAGGCCCAAGUCAUCCGGAGGUAAGGCUUAUAACUAAACUACCACGGCAAGGCCCAAGUCAUCCGGAGGUAAGGUUCAUAGCUAAAUACCACGGCAAGGCCAAGUCAUCCGAGUAAGGUAUACUAAAUACCACGCAGCCCAAGCAUCGGAGGUAGCUUAUACUAACACCACGCAUGCCCAGUCAUCGGAUAAGGCUUAUCAAAACUACACAGCAAGCCAGUCAUCGAGGUAAGUUAUAAUAACACCACAGCAAGGCCAGUCACUGAGGUAGGCUAUAACUAUUACACGGCGCCAGUCAUCCGGAGGUGUUUAUACACCAGCAGGCCAGCAUCCGGAGUAAGGCUUAACUAAACUCCACGGCAAGGCCAGUCAUCCGGAAGUAAGGCUAUACAACUACACGGAGGCCGCAUCGGUAAGGCUUAUAACUACCUCCAGGCAAGCCAGUCAUCGGAGUACAGUAGCUCAGUGCAGUAAGACAGUGAAUGUGAAUACUUAGUAAAUACCCCAACAAUCAGUAUGUUUGUUACCCAUUGCUCCAAAUAAUUCAUCAAAUAUUAAAUACAGCCUACAUGAUUGAAUAGGAACAGAGAGCAUGUAUGAUGCAUAUCUGCAUUGGUGUUUUCCGUCCGUUGUUUCAGAGAGGUGAGCAUCACAAAGCGCUGGAAAGACAUCCUGUUUCAGUUGCAGCAGAAGAGAGAGCAGCUGGGGGACAUUGUGAACACACUGAGCGUCCUCAGGAACAUCGAACUGGUUGCCCAGGAGCUCAGAGAUCUACAGGUACACAACUAAUGGACAGCAAACAACACAGUAUAAUGUAUAACGCUUAAUACUUCAUCCUUAAUCUUUCAUACUUAAUGUAGGUGUAUGUUUGCACAACUACGUGUCCCCCCCCCCCCCCCCCCCCCCCCCCCCCCCCCUCCCCCCACACCCCUCUCUCAGGUUUUAGCAGGGUCCUCUGACAUUGGGAAGCAGCUCCCAGAGGUGGAGGCCCUGCUUCAGAAACAGGACCUGCUGGAAACCCAGAUCUCUGCUCAUGGAGAGACUCUGAGUGCCAUCAGUAACAGUGCCUUAAAGGGGACACACCGAAAUGCACAGCAGAUCCAGACCAGGGUCAAAUCACUCAACGCUCAGUACAACUCUCUGGUGGCCCUUAGUAAGAACAGGUGAGCACACACACAACAACUUAGGCCCACAUUUAAUCAAUUGUAGAUAACGGCGAACCGCAGGUUUUAUUUAUACGACUAUUUAAGUAAAGGUGUGGUUGUGCCUUAGUAAUUACAAUAUUUGUGAGAGAAAAGGCUUGCAUGGUGUGUUUGUUACAGAGUGGUUUACACCUUAGAUACAGCGUAAACACUAUCUGCAAUUAGUUGGAAUUUACUGACAAUAGAGGCCUAUUAGUACAUAUACUGCUUUAUAAAAUCUAGAACCACAGGAAUGGUAACUGUUGAUUGAUGUGGGUCUAUUGUUGGUUAUUGUCUUAAUGAAUCAACAGGAGGAAAAUGCUGGAGGGCCAGUUGAAGCUGUUUGAGUUUUUCCACGACUGUGAGGAGGUGGAGGCGUGGAUCUAUGAGAGGUGGCUUCCCCUUCAGUCUGCCAGUCUGGGCAGAGACCUCAGCCAGAUCCAGCUGGCAAUUCAGAAACACAAGGUCAGACCUUUUGUGCGUCACAAAUGGCACCCUAUUCCCUAUAGUGCACUACUUUUGACCAGGGCCCUGGUCAGAAGUAGUUCGCUAUAUAGGGAAUAGGGUGCAAUUUGGGUCAGACCUUCUUCAGUCACACAAACAUUGAUUAUUCAACUUCAAGUUGAAUUAAGCUUACAUAGCAGUCAAUACAAACUUAAACCCAUGGGCAUGAAUAAAUACAUUGACAUAGUCCUAUCUAAAUAUACUGGCAUUUACAGUAUGAACAAAUGAAAAUACGUAAUGUCAUAAUGUGAAACAAACCCACACUUUUAUAUGCGUUUGUUGACCGACCUCUGCUUUGGCAGGUUCUUGAAGCUGAGGUGCAGUCCCAUGAGUCUCUGUGCUCAGGGGUCGUGAGCAGAGGUCAGGAGAUGUGCAGAGGGAAACACCCCAGUGAGGAGCACAUCCAGAAGUCGCUCCGGACCCUGAAGAAACAGUGGGAGCACCUGAAGGAUGAAGUGGUCAAUCGCAAAAACAGACUGCAUGCAGCCACCGUUAUCAAACAGGUUACAACCAUUAAAACAAUGCAGAAAUAAAAGUCAUUGAAAUAGACGGUUUGACAGAGGAAUUAUAUUUAGGAGUAUGUAUGUAAUAGGUUGGAGAAAGCUACCAUAGCUAGUUCAUUGACUUUCUCUAUUUAUUUUAUAGACAGUGAUAGUUGGAAUGUAGAGGGGAGACAUACAGAGGGAGUCAGAGAGGAAGGACUGAGAUGGGAUUCGUACCCAAGUCACCAGGGGUAGAUGUGGUUUGGAGUCUGGGGGGCUAACCACCACGCCAGACUCUGGCACGUGAUAUUCUAUUUUCCACAGAAUUAGAUAGAACACUAGAUUGGGUUUUAGCAUCCAGGCAACAUAACUACAGGACGGCCAUCUUGGUCAGGGAAAAUGUUGUUUAAAUUGUAUUAUAUUAUUUAUUAUUUUCCUCUUCAGUACUUUGCUGAUGUGACGGAGGCCAACUCGUGGCUGAGCGACAGGAAGCCCCUUCUGAUCAGCGAGGAUUAUGGGAAGGAUGAGUCCUCCACCAGCGCCCUGCUGCAGCGCCACCUACGGCUGGAAAAGGAAAUGGGAGCGUACGUCGUCGAAGUGAAACGCUUGGGAGAACAGGCCAAGGGAGCCUCUCAGCUGGCCCCGCUCACAGUAAGUUCCCCAUCAAUCACAGUGCCUUCAGGAAGUAUUCACACCACUUGAAUUUUUCCAAAUUGUGUUGUGUUACAGCCUGAAUUUAAAAUGGAUUAAAUUGAGAGUUUUUUUCCACUGGCCUACACACAAUACCCGAGGUUGUCAAAGUGGAAUUAUGUUUUUUGACAUUUUUACAAAUUAAUAAAAAAUGAAACGCUGAAAUGUCUUGAGUCAAUAAGUAUUCAACCCCUUUGUUAUGGCAAGCCUAAAUAAGUUCAGGAGUAAAAACGUCCUUAACAAGUCACAUAAGAAGUUGCAUGGACUCAGUGUGCAAUAAUAGUCUCUGUAACCCACAUAUACAAUGUUAGAAUUGUUCUUCCGCUUUGACAUUAGAGUAUUUUGUGUAGAUCGUUGACAAAAUCAUUACAAUUAAAUCAAUUUUAAUCCCACUUUGUAACACAACAAAAUGUGGAAAAAGUAAAGGGGUGUGAAUAUUUUCUGAAGGCACUAUAAUUACACCACAGUCUCUAAAUGUCAUUGUAUCAUGAAUACAGUGCCUUCGGAAAGUAUUCAGACCCCUUGACUUUUUCCACAUUUUCCACAUCCUUAUUCUAAAAUCGAUGAAAUUUUUUUUCAGCAAUCUACACACAGAUAAUGACAAAGCGAAAACAGAUUUUAAGAAAUUUUUGCAAAUGUAUUAAAAAUAAUAAACAGAUACCUUAUUUACGUAAGUAUUCAGACCCUUUGCUAUAAGACUCGAAAUUGAGCUCAGGUGCAUCCUGUUUCCAUUGAUCAUCCUUGAAAUGUUUCUACAACUUGAUUGGACAUGAUUUGGCACACAACUGUCUAUAUAAGGUCCCACAGUUGACAGUGCAUGUCAGAGCAAAAACCAAGCCAUGAGGUCGAAGGAAUUGUCCGUAGAGUUCUGAGACAGGAUUGUGUCGAGGCACAGAUCUGGGUACCAAAACGUUUCUGCAGUAUUGAAGGUCCCCAAGAAGAUAGUGGCCUCCAUCAUUCUUAAAUGGAAGAAGUUUGGAACAACUAAGACUCCUCCUAGAGCUGGCCGCCCGGCCAAACUGAGCAAUCGGGGGAGAAGGGCCUUGGUCAGGGAGGUGACCAAGAACCCAAUGGUCACUCUGACAGAGCUCUAGAGUUCCUCUGUGGAGAUCGUAGAACCUUCCAGAAUCACAACCAUCUCUGCAGGACUCCACCAAUCAGGCCUUUGUGGUAGAGUGGCCAGACGGAAGCCACUCCUCAGUAAAAGGCACAUGACAGCCGGCUUGGAGUUUGCCGAAAGGCACUUAAAGGACUUUCAGACCAUGAGAAACAAGAUUCUCUGGUCUGAUGAAACCAAGAUUGAACUCUUUGUCCUGAAUGCCAAGCGUCACGUCUGGAGGAAACCUGGCACCAUCCCUAAGGUGAAGCAUGGUGGCGGCAGCCUCAUGCUGUGGGGAUGUUUUUCAGCGGCAGGGACUGGGAGACUAGUCAGGAUCGAGGCAAAGAUGAACGGAGCAAAGUACAGAGAGCUCCUUGAUGAAAACCUGCUCCAGAGUGCUCAGGAACUCAGACUGGGGCGAAGGUUCACCUUCCAACAGGACAACGACCCUAAGCACACAGCCAAGACAAUGCAGGAGUGGCUUCGGGAAAAGUCUCUGAAUGUCCUUGAGUGGCCCAGCCAGAGCCCAGACUUGAACCCGAUCGAACAUCAAGGAGAGACAUGAAAAUAGCUGUGCAGCAACGCUCUCCAUCCAACCUGACAGAGCUUGAGAGGAUCUGUAGAGAGGAAUGGGAGAAACUCCCCAAAUACAGGUGUGCCAAGCUUGUAGCUUCAUACCCAGACUUCGAGGCUGUAAUUGCUGCCAAAGGUGCUUCAACAAAGUGCCCAGUAAAGGGUCUGAAUACAUAUGUAAAUGUGAUAUGUCAUUAUUGGGUAUUGUGUGUAGAUUGAUGAGAAAAACAAACUAUUUAAUCAAUUUUAGAAUAAGGCUGUAACGUAACAAUUUGUGGAAAAAUUCAAGGGGUCUGAAUACUUUCCGAAUGCAUUGUACAUCCUCAAACACAUUGGUUUUAAUAAUAAAGAAGUAGCUUACUAUAAAAGUCCACCCCCAUUGACUUCAAGAGUUGCUGAGCACUUUUGUAUUUUUACGCAGGCUGAGGCCCAGCAGAACAAGAUGCCCCAGUACAGUGAGUCCUCUGGUGAGGAGGAGGGGGGAGUGACCACUCCUGGGAGAGUGACCUCCCUCAGAGGCGCAAGGAUCACUCAGACAUCUACCCAGACCCAUACGCAGGAGGCCAAGAUCAGGUUUAAAUACACACGAGGUACAGAUUCUCUCCUUCUAUCAAAUAUGGAUUAUUUAUAUACUGUUUUUGCAGAUUUUGGGGGGGAAAUGUUUUUCAUGUUACUUUUCUACCAAUAGGCUUAGUCCAGUUUCUAAGGUAAAUAGUCUCUGUUUUCCAGGUGUGAUGGUGUGGGACCGUGGGGAAAUCGUGACUAUCCUCAACAGAGACAAUGAGGAUAAGUUUCUAGUGAGGGACAGCGAAGGCAACGAACAGCUGGUGCCAAAGACGUACCUCACAGAACUCCCAUCAUCUACAGUAAGGCUCACUAUUAGCUGUCUCUCUGGCCUUGUAAAGAGCUUUAUGGUACUUUACCCAUUUGAUUCAUCGCAAGUAUAAUUGUGUGCCUACAUUAAAACUCAUUAACCGACCCGCAUAAUCCCAGGUUGAGAUCAAUGGUCUACACCCCUCAAAUUCAAAUCUGGACCUCAAAGCCAGUUCCACUGUUUUGUUUCUGUAUUAUUCCCCUCUAGUCAGGGACUGAUAUAGACCUGGGACACCAGGUGUGUGAAAUUAUCAGUUAGAACAGAAAACCAGCAGUACUCCGGACCUUGUAGGGUAAGAUUUGAAUACCCCUGGUCUACACAGUUUAAACUUAAUAAUUCUCCAUUUUAAAUAGAACAUGCCCUCUACACCACCUCCAUCCACCAACGGGGUUGCUGAAAGCCCCACUAAGAGGGUGAACCGGGCGCGUCGCAGACGUUCCAUACGCCGGGGGACCGCUGAGAUCCAGUCCUCAUCGAUUCCUGAUCCACAUUACCAGAGAGAAACCAUAGAGAGCACCCAGAGCAAUCUAGACCGGGACUUCAACAGCCUGCACAGCCUGGCUAAUGUGAGAAAUAAGACCGGGGUUUCAGAUUCUCCUCUACAUUUUUUCCCAUUGCAUCACAUAAGCAGUACAAGCAAUCAAAUCUCACAUUGUCAAUUGUUGCUCAAUCUUGCAUGCUUUCUCAAACAGCUGUAACUGUUGGUAGAGCAUGGCGCUUGCAACACCAGGGUUGUGGGUUCGUUUCCCACGGGGGGCCAGUAUGAAAGUGUAUGCACUCACUAACUGUAAGUCGCUCUGGAUAAGAGCGUCUGCUAAAUGACUAAAAUGUAUAUGCAUUCGUAAAUCAGGUCCUUUCUUGAGUUGAGCUCUGGGAUGUAACAACCGUUGAGCAUCUGAUCUUAUGGUUGAUUGUGGAGGAAAGGGGUUGAGUGUGUUAGAAUAUGAGCAUGUAUGUUUAUCCCACAUCUGUUGCAAGGGGGUAAGGAUGUUAGGGAGAAUAUAGGAUGAACCACAAUAAUUGUUUGCUAAAAUCCUACGCAUGAACUGCCGACAUUAUUGCGCAUAUUAAUUGAUAAUGAUGGAAAAUAAGAUAUGCAAGAUAUAUGAAUAGAUAUACAGUUGAAGUCGGAAGUUUACAUACACCUUAGCCAAAUACAUUUAAACUCUGUUUUUCACAAUUCCUGACAUUUAACCCUAGUAGAAAUUCCCUGUCUUAGGUCAGUUAGGAUCACCACUUUAUUUUAAGAAUGUGAAAUGUCAGAAUAAUAGUAGAGAGAAUAAUUAAUUUCAGGAGUCAUUAAAACUCGUUUUUCAACCACUCCACACAUUUCUUAUUAACAAACUAUAGUUUUGGGAAGUCGGAUAGGACAUCUACUUUGUGCAUGACACAAGUAAUUUUUCCAACAAUUGUUUACAGACAGAUUAUUUCACUUAUAAUUAAUUGUAUAACAAUUCCAGUGGGUCAGAAGUUUACAUUCACUAAGUUGACUGUGCCUUUAAACAGCUUGGGAAAUUCCAGAAAAUGAGGUCAUGGAUUUAGAAGCUUCUGAUAGACUAAUUGACAUCAUUUGAGUCAAUUGGAAGUGCACCUGUGGAUGUAUUUCAAGGCCUACCUUCAAACUCAGUGCCUCUUUGCUUGACAUCAUGGGAAAAUCAAAAGAAAUCAGCCAAGACCUCAGAAAAAAAAUUGUAGACCUCCACAAGUCUGGUUCAUCCUUGGGAGCAAUUUCCAAACGCCUGAAGGUACCACGUUCAUCUGUACAAACAAUAGUACGCAAGUAUAAACACCAUGGGACCAAGAAGCCGUCAUACCGCUCAGGAAGGAGACGCGUUCUGUCUCCUAGAGAUGAAUGUACUUUUGUGCGAAAAGUGCAAAUCAAUCCCAGAACAACAGCAAAGGAUCCUUUGAAGAUGCUGGAGGAAACAGGUACAAAAGUAUCUAUAUCCACAGUAAAAUGAGUCCUAUAUCGACAUAACCUGAAAGUCCGCUCAGCAAGGAAGAAGCCACUGCUCCAAAACCGCCAUGAAAAAGCCAGACUACGGUUUGCAACUGCACAUAUGGAGAAAUGUCCUCUGGUAUGAUGAAACAAAAAUAGAACUGUUUGGCCAUAAUGACCAUCGUUAUGUUUGGAGGAAAAAGGGGGUUGCUUGCAAGCCGAAGAACACCAUCUCAACCGUGAAGCACGGGGGUGGCAGCAUCAUGCUGUAGGGGUGCUUUGCUGCAGGAGGGACUGGUGCACUUCACAAAAUAGAUGGCAUCAUGAGGAAAGAAAAUGAUGUGGAUAUAUUGAAGCAACAUCUCAAGACACAUCAGUCAGGAAGUUAAAGCUUGGUCGCAAAUGGGUCUUCCAAAUGGACAAUGACCCCAAGCAUACUUCCAAAGUUGUGGCAAAAUGGCUUAAGGACAACAAAGUCAAGGUAUUGGAGUGGCCAUCACAAAGCCCUGACCUCAAUCCUAUAGAAAAUGUGUGGGCAGAACUGAAAAAGCGUGUGUGAGCAAGGAGGCCUACAAACCUGACUCAGUUACACCAGCUCUGUCAGGAGAAAUGGGCCAAAAUUCCCCCAACUUAUUGUGGGAAGCUUGUGGAAGGCUACCCGAAACGUUUGACCCAAGUUAAACAAUUUAAAGGCAAUGCUACCAAAUACUAAUUGAGUGUAUGUAAACUUGUGACCCACUGGGAAUGUGAUGAAAGAAAUCAAAGCUGAACUAAAUCAUUCUCUCUUCUAUUAUUCUGACAUUUCACAUUCUUAAAAUAAAGUGGUGAUCCUAACUGACCUAAAACAGGGAUUUUUUACUAUAUAUAUAUAUUUGCGAGAGAAAAAAAAACAUAUGGGGGAUUGGAAGUGAUGCAGACAAUUACAUUGAUGGAAGUUACAAUCUAUCUGCAAUAUUAAAGCUGAUCUACCCCCCCCCCCCCCCCAAAAAAAAAAAAAAAAAACGAUAAAAAUCAUCACACUACAUCUAAGUUAUGUAAGCUAUAACACUACAUUUUGUGUUAUGCUUUGACAUUUUUGUGAAGACAUCUUUGAUGAUGUAGUGGCAGCGCCCGGUACAGAGAAUAGGACCCAGAGCAAUCAUCCUGUAGCACACGUCUAAGUUGUCACAUACUGGCAGCCAAAUAGUAUAUUUGUGUCUGAUUUCUCCACCAUACAGUCCAGGAGGAAGACUCUGGAGGAGACGGUUCGGUUGCACCGCUUCUACAACACCUGUGAGGAGUUUGAGUCCUGGAUGGAGGACAAGGAGAACAUCCUUAACACCUUCAGUCCUAACUCUGACAACGUGGGAGUGGUGCAGGCCAAAUAUGAGGUAAGGAUCCAGCCUCAUCACUGAGAUUAGUCUGUAACACUUUAUUUGAAGGCCACCUACAUAAGGACUUCAUAACACAUUCAUAAGCGGUACAUCAGCAUUUGUCUCUAGUGCUAUUAUGUAGUUGAUCUAAGAGUUGGAACUCCCCUUGUCAUGAACUUCCCAUGUUCCAGAACUUUCUGACCGAGCUGGCGAGUGGGAAGGGCCAGCUUGAUGAUAUCACCAGACUGGGGGAGGAGCUAGUGAAGAGCAGACACAGUAAACACAGAGAGAUACAGGCCAAGCAAGGACAAGUCACCCGCAGGUAGGUGGACUAGCAGAAAACUAUUUUGUAAUAGUGCUACUGACAUCUACUAAGAAUAACAUGUUCAACUCUGUUUUUUAGAUUAGAUAGUACUUUAUUGUCUGUUGUUCACAGAAAUGUUUAUUAUGUACAGAAAUUGCACUGCAUUUUACUGAGACGCACACACAAUAUUUAAAUCAUUGAAGAGAGAUGGCCAUGUUGUUGUUGAUGAUAUUGUUGUUCUUGCUAGGUGGGAGCGCAUGCAGAAGCUGAAGGAUGAGAAGUGCCAUGAGCUGUUGAGUACGGCGGACGUGCAAUCCUUCCUCCAGAGCUGUGAGGAGGCCCGGGCCCAGCUCAUGGAGCAGUUCACCCAGCUGGACACUGUGGACGGUGUGGGUACUACCUCCACAGCCCUGGACACUGAGGAGAGGGCCCAGGCUCAGGCACUCAGAGACAUACAGGCCCUGGAGAGGAAGAUUGCAUACCUCAAGAGUGUGGCUAAAAUGUAAGGCACAAUUGUAAACUGUUCCAAGACUUUAUACUGUUAUUGUUGAUGGUUUUUAAUGUAAUGCCAGUUAGUUAUUCAUCCUUCCAUUCAUUCAUGUUCUACAUGUGUGUAUGAACCAGGAAGCAGGACUGCAGCCCAGCGGAGGCUGCAGCCAUCAUGGAGGAGGUGCGGGGCCUGGAGGCUCUGCUGCAGCAGGUGAAGGGCCAGGCCUCAGAGAGACAGAGGCUUCUGGAGGAGGCCAAGCGGCUGCAGCUGUUUCAGCAGGAGACCAGGGACCUGCUGCUGUGGGCCGGGGCCGUCCAGGACCGCCUACUGGAGGACGACACAGCCUCGGACGUGACCUCCGCUCAGACCCUCCUGAAGGACAACCAGGAUCUGAGGAUAGAGAUCGACGAGCAGAGGGAGAGGUGAGACAGAAGGAGUUUUGUUAUUUUGGUACAGUAGAUCAAACUAAUUUAGGUUCUUUCCUUUCUGGAAAGUACACUUGUGUUUAUAAUAGUAUGUUACAGUGAGGGAAAAAAGUAUUUGAUCCCCUGCUGAUUUUGUAAGUUUGCCCACUGACAAAGAAAUGAUCAGUCUAUAAUUUUAAUGGUAGAUUUAUUUGAACAGUGAGAGACAGAAUAACAACAAAAAAAUCCAGAAAAACGCAUGUCAAAAAUGUUAUGAAUUGAUUUGCAUUUUAAUGAGGGAAAUAAGUAUUUGACCCCUCUGCAAAACAUGACUUAGUACUUGGUGGCAAAACCCUUGUUGGCAAUCACAGAGGUCAGACGUUUCUUGUAGUUGGCCACCACGUUUGCACACAUCUCAGGAGGGAUUUUGUUCCACUCCUCUUUGCAGAUCUUCUCCAAGUCAUUAAGGUUUCGAGGCUGACGUUUGGCAACUCGAACCUUCAGCUCCCUCCACAGAUUUUCUAUGGGAGUAAGGUCUGGAGACUGGCUAGGCCACUCCAGGACCUUAAUGUGCUUCUUCUUGAGCCACUCCUUUGUUUCCUUGGCCGUAUGUUUUGGGUCAUUGUCAUGCUGGAAUACCCAUUCACGACCCAUUUUCAAUGCCCUGGCUGAGGGAAGGAGGUUCUCACCCAAGAUUUGACGGUACAUGGCCCCGUCCAUCGUCCCUUUGAUGCGGUGAAGUUGUCCUGUCCCAAAGCAUAAUGUUCCCACCUCCAUGUUUGACUGUGGGGAUGGUGUUCUUGGGGUCAUAGGCAGCAUUCCUCCUCCUCCAAACACGGCGAGUUGAGUUGAUGCCAAAGAGCUCCAUUUUGGUCUCAUCUGACCACACCUUCACCCAGUUCUCCUCUGAAUCAUUCAGAUGUUCAUUGGCAAACUUCGGACGGGCCUGAAUAUGUGCUUUCUUGAGCAGGGGGACCUUGUGGGCGCUGCAGGAUUUCAGUCCUUCACGGCGUAGUGUGUUACCAAUUGUUUUCUUGGUAACUAUGGUCCCAGCUGCCUUGAGAUCAUUGACAAGAUCCUCCUGUGUAGUUCUGGGCUGAUUCCUCACCGUUCUCAUGAACAUUGCAACUCCACAAGGUGAGAUCUUGCAUGGAGCCCCAGGCCGAGGUAGAUUGACAGUCUUUUGUGUUUCUUCCAUCUACCAACUGUUGUCACCUUCUCACCAAGCUGCUUGGCGAUGGUCUUGUAGCCCAUUCCAGCCUUGUGUAGGUCUACAAUCUUGUCCUUGACAUCCUUGGAGAGCUCUUUGGUCUUGGCCAUGGUGGAGAGUUUGGAAUCUGAUUGAUUGAUUGCUUCUGUGGACAGGUGUCUUUUAUACAGGUAACAAACUGAGAUUAGGAGCACUCCCUUUGACUGUGCUCCUAAUCUCAGCUCGUUACCUGUAUAAAAGAGACCUGGGAGGCAGACAUUUUUCUGAUUGAGAGGGGGUCAAAUACUUAUUUACCUCAUUAAAAUGCAAAUCAAUUUAUAACAUUUUUGACAUGCGUUUAUCUGGAUGGUUGUUAUUCUGUCUCUCACUGUUCAAAUAAACAUACCAUUAAAAUUAUAGACUGAUCAUUUCUUUGUCAGUGGGCAAACGUACAAAAUCAGCACGGCAUCAAAUACUUUUUUCCCUCACUGUAUGUGCUGCAUGCUGGGACAUGGAGGUAUCUGAUGAUGUAUUCAGUGCAACUAUUUCUCAGGUAAGCAGUGUUUCUAAGAUAAUUUAGUAGGAGAAGGCUAGUUUGUGAUGAGACAAUAGGAAAUCAUACACAGUGUUUUUUGUACUGUCCUUUAUUAGUGUCUUACAGACAUAUUCAUGAUGCAGGGAAAACAUACAGUAUUCAGACCCCAUCCCCCUUUUUCACAUUUAAGAGUCUCACAGCCUGGGAUUUUGAUGCAUUGGAUUGGGAAUUUGUAUUUGUGAGCCAUACGUUCUCCUGGGUCAGUACUUGGUUGAACCACCUCUGGCAGUUAUUAAAGCCUGUAGUCUUUUUGUAUAAGUCUCUAAACUUUGCACACAGUGAUGGAGCAUCUACAGUGGGGGAAAAAAGUAUUUAGUCAGCCACCAAUUGUGCAAGUUCUCCCACUUAAAAAGAUGAGAGAGGCCUGUAAUUUUCAUCAUAGGUACACGUCAACUAUAGUAGUGUGUUACUGAUGGUAGGCUUUGUUACUUUGGUCCCAGCUUCUGCAGGUCAUUCACUAGGUCCCCCCGUGUGGUUCUGGGAUUUUUGCUCACCGUUCUUGUGAUCAUUUUGACCCCACGGGGUGAGAUCUUGCGUGGAGCCCCAGAUCGAGGGAGAUUAUCAGUGGUCUUGUAUGUCUUCCAUUUCCUAAUAAUUGUUCCCACAGUUGAUUUCUUCAAACCAAGCUGCUUACCUAUUGCAGAUUCAGUCUUCCCAGCCUGGUGCAGGUCUACAAUUUUGUUUCUGGUGUCCUUUGACAGCUCUUUGGUCUUGGCCAUAGUGGAGUUUGGAGUGUGACUGUUUGAGGUUGUGGACAGGUGUCUUUUAUACUGAUAACAAGUUCAAACAGGUGCCAUUAAUACAGGUAACGAGUGGAGGACAGAGGAGCCUCUUAAAGAAGAAGUUACAGGUCUGUGAGAGCCAGAAAUCUUGCUUGUUUGUAGGUGACCAAAUACUUAUUUUCCACCAUAAUUUGCAAAUAAAUUCAUAAAAAAUCCUACAAUGUGAUUUUCUGGAGAAUUCUUUUUCUCAAUUUGUCUGUCAUAGUUGACGUGUACCUAUGAUGAAAAUUACAGGCCUCUCUCAUAUUUUUAAGUGGGAGAACUUGCACAAUUGGUGGCUGACUAAAUCCUUUUUUUCCCCACUGUAUUUUCUUCAUUUUAAGCCACUCCAGUGUUGCUCUGGCAGUGUGCUUUGGAUCAUUGUCCUGUUGAAAGACAAACUUCUUCUGCAGUUUGAGUUUUAUGGCAGAGGGGCGCAGGUUUUUAUCUAGGAUGUCUUUGUAUUGUGUGCCAUUCAUCCUCCCAUCACUCCUGACUAUUGCCAGUCCCUGCUGCUGAAAAGCAUCCCAUGACGCUUCCACCACCAUACUUUACGGUGGGGAUGGUGUUUCCUGGCUGGUGUGCAGUGUUUGACUUGUGCCACACAUACCGCUUAGCGUUCAGGCCAAAAAGUUGCACUUUAGUCUCAUCAGACCACAAGACGUUCUGCCACAUAACUGCAGUAUCUUUUAGGUGACAUUUUGCAAACUCUUUGGGGGGAAGGAUGUGCUCUUUGCGGGCAAGGAUAUGUCCCUGACUUGCUUAGAAUGCUCUUUCGUUUUCAUUUUGAUUCUUUCUUUUGAAAGUCUCUACCAUACUUUGGGACCAUACAGAGAGAGUGGUAUUUAUGCUCACAGAUUAAUUUAAAGCAGGUGAUCCACUAAUUUCUUACACAGGUGGAGUCCUUCAACACAUUGUGUGACUUAUUGAGGUAAUAUAUUGCGCCUGAGCAAAUUGGUGCUCAAGGCUUUGUGGAAAUAAAUCCUCAAAUUCUGAAUCUGAGACAAAAUAUGGUUAAAAGUGUUGGGGGAUGAAUACUUUUUUUAAGGCACUAUGUGUGAAUCAUUUUUUGUAAAUGUCACAGUAAUGUAUUUGUUUUCUUCUAACUAAAAAGGAUGAAAGACAUGGAGAAACUUGGAAAGUCUCUUGAGGAACAAUCAAGGGGAAACCGAGGUGUGAAGGACAUCCAGCAGACGCUGGGUAAGCUGAGCCAGGAGUGGACCAAGCUGGACAAACUGUGGGGCAGUAGGAACAGGAGACUGGAACAGGGGGUGGAGCUACAGAAGCUGAACCAGGAGGCUGACCGUAUCGAGGCAGCCCUGUCUGGGCAUGAGGCCAGGCUGAAGGUCAAAGACCUGGGGGUAAGAUACAAUAUACUUUACAUGGUUAUACAGUUAAUGAAAAUAUUAUAAUAAGCCCUAUGGUAUGUUGCGAUGGAUGUGUAUUUGUGUGUGUGUGUGUGUGUGUGUGUGUGUGUUUGUUGUCCAGGUAAGGCCACUUCUGUUCUCAUCCAUUGUGUUUGUCUCUCUCUCUGUGCUCAGGACUCUGUAGACAACGUCCACAGUCUGUUGGGCAGACAGGAGGAACUAGAGGGCCUGCUGAAGGCUCUGGACCAACAGAUCAGCCUCUUCCAAGACAAGAGCAAGGAACUCAUCAACAAACGACACUUUGCUGCCAAACAGUAAGACCUAUGUUGAUGACCAGUUUGGAGACAUUUUCCCCAAAUGUAUAGGAAAUGUGUUGCAGUGAACAAUGUAUUGUCCAAAUUAUUAAAAAAAUAUUGAUAUGAUCUUUGUGUUAUGGUCAAAAAAUUUUUUUAAUGACUUUCUAGAAUACAGGAGAGGUCACAGAACAUUCAAGAGCGCAAUACGAAGCUUGGAGAGAGCUGCAAACAAAGACGGAACCUCCUGCUUGAUUCACAUAAGUAUCAGGUACAUUUGACACAGAAACACACAUUUUGUGUACCUUUACAAUGGCAGUUAAGUGCUUGAACAUUUUGUGUGCGUUUGUCAUCAGGAGUUCAAGAGAGAUGCGGAGGAAAUGCUGUUGUGGAUGGAAGAGAAAUUCAAGAUAGCUGAAGACGAGUCGUACCGUGACCCUACCAAUAUCCUCCGCAAGCUGAAGAGACAUGAAGCAGCUGAGAAAGAGAUGCAAGCUAACCAAGUGUGGCUAGACAGACUCACACAGGUAUCACAGGGCUUUCACCAUUCAAUCCUUUUUAUACCUCAUGGCUCAUAAUGACAUCUUCUCUCAUCUGUUCGAGUCAUGGUGAAACUACAAAAAAAAAGUACUAUAAAGAUAAAAAGUCUGUUCACUGUUUGUUGCUCCCACUUCUUAACAAUGCGAUAGUAAACUUGACAAACAUUCAGUAAAACUGGACCACUAAACCAGUUGGGGAGGAGAUGCUUGUGGAUGAGCACUACCAGAGCCAGAGAUUUAGGAGGAAGGCCUCCUACUGUACGGUUAAAUAUUGUACCAUAAGCCUAAUCGCUUUCCAUCCAUUUGGGGAGCAGAUGUUACUGUACUGUUAUAUUGUACUGUAAGUUAACCUGUUGUCUGGUUCCAUCAGUUGGGGGAGGAGAUGCUGUCGGAGGACCACUAUGAGAGCCAGAGCAUCAGGAGGACGUCGACCCAGGUUAACAGUCGCUGGGUCAGCCUCCAGGGGAAGAUGACUGAGAGAGGAGACAAGCUGAGACAGGCCGGACAGCAGGAGCAGCUCAUGGAGUUACUACAGGUAACACACUAACAACCUCAGUCUACACUACCUGGAACUACAGUUAACACACUAACAACCUCAGUCUACACUACCUGGAACUACAGGUAACACACUAACAACCUCAGUCUACACUACCUGGAACUACAGGUAACACACUAACAACCUCAGUCUACACUACCUGGAACUACAGGUAACACACUAACAACCUCAGUCUACAUUACCUGGAACUACAGGUAACAGUCUACUGUAACAACCUCUACACUACCUACCUGGAUCUAGUUUGGCUAUUGAAUUUGUGGGAAAGAAUGCUGUAGAUAAAUGUGGGUUGCGCACUUUAUUUUACGGUACUGUUUCCACUGGUAUAUAACAAAUAGGUCAAUCAUAGGUUGUUAUUAUUAGGAUGUUAUUGCUAUUUUGCAAAGUAAUUUUUCAGUAAAUACCUAGUUAUUUCUUUACCAUGAAUUGAAAUGUGUUGAUGAUGCUUAUGAUGCGUAUCAUAAUCUAGUCUUGUCCACCAGCCAGCUCUCGCUCUCUCUGUCUAUAUGCGGUAGCAAUUGAGCCUGAGGACAAGGUAAAUUGUAGUCGCAUUGUUCGCAGGAUGCCAAGCUGAAGAUCGAGGCCAUCCAGAGGAUGUUGCAGAACGCAGCCAAAGGGCACGACCUUCGCUCCAGCCGCCAGCUGUUGAAGGAGCACCAGCAGCUAGAGACGGAGGCCCAGGAACUGGCUGACAAGAUCAACACCAUCGUCACCCGGGCCAAGCACCUUGCCACGAAUCACUUUGACUCCCAGAGGAUCCUUCAGGAGACAGAUACGUACAUGAAGCUGUACGUAGUAAAGACUCUGAUUAAUAUGAUCUGUAAUUAGUAGCAGUAAAGCAAUCCACUGAUCGAUCCGUUGAUUCAUUUAUGCAUUGAAUUAGCUAGCCUAGUUCUCUAACUAGGGACCUGAGUUUUUCCUGUUCAGGUAACAUGGUCAGAAAAAACAUCUGUCCACUUUUCAUAAUCAGUGUGGAUAUUUUUGAGACAUAAUCUCUGAAUGCAGGUUCAAGUCGCUGCAGAAGCCUCUGGAUCAUCGCAGGGCCCAGCUGGAGGCAUCCGUGGCUCUGUUUGGCUUCUAUCAUGACGUAGACCUAGAACUUUCCUGGAUCACAGAACACUACCCAUCCACUGGCUCCACAAACUAUGACAAGUCCCUGGCAGGGGCUAUCAACCUCAUGCAGAAACAUAAGGUAUCAGUCUGGUAACAAGGAAAUAAUGACAAAGUUAGAUUGCGUUUAUGUUUUAUUUUAUAUCAAGUCAUUUUGUGACUCUUAUCCAGUCUUUUUGGUUAGUUUGUUUCCUGCCCAGGGUGGACAGAUAUAAAUGAGCUAAAGCUGGUGCAAUAUAUUUGUUGUGCAUAGUCCCUGACAAAAAUAAAAUGUGUGUUCUGUGAUCAGGAGCUGCAGGCAGAAGUGAACGCCCACUGUAAACACUUGAACCGGGUCCUGGAGAAGGGGCGGAGCCUGGAAAAGUCCAGCCAAUAUAAUGGAGAGGAAGUCCAGCAGAGGAAUACACACCUGGCCACAGAGUGGAAGGAGCUAGAGGCAGCCUGUGACAAGAGGGCCAUCCACCUGAACAGGGCCAUCACUAGAGAACAGGUAGGGCCAACAGGAAAAGCAGCAUCCUGAUUGUGAUGGAUCCAAAGAGGUUUUAUUCAUGAUUAUACAACAGGUGGUUCUAAUCCUGAAUGCUGAUUGGUUAAAACCGCAGCCGGUGUCUACUUCACAAGUUACCACCGGCUAAAUCUAUGACGUUAAAAUGCCUAUUUACUCUGUUCCAUCUGACUGCGCAAUCCACUGUCUCAUCAGCCCAGCCAGGCAAUGUAUAAUCCUGAUCUCCACUAUAAAAAGCAUCUAGACAUUAGCUCACAUUUCUUUUAGACUGUACCUCUGAAAGACAAUAAUCAUUAUACCCUGCAUAUACCACCUCAUCACUGCACUCUUUUGCUCCUAGAUCUUGCUUGACUGUGCGGAGCUGGAAACCCGUCUCUCUGAGACUCUAGCGUUGGUCAGCACUGAUGAGUAUGGCAAGAACGAUCUAGCCACCCAGAGCCUUAUCAAGCAGCAUCAGGUACUGUUACCCCAUUCUCCUGUUCUCUUGCGUUUGACUAGCGGUAUUCAAACUAUGUGUCACUGUCAAUGUUCACAGUUCUGUUGUUUGGAUAAAGUUGUUUUGGAUAAAGCCAUCUGCUGAAUGACCAUAGUAUGCCGUGAUAAUCAGAGGAGUUGGUUAAAGCAUCUACAGAUCUAGGGACCACUGUCUAAUGCAGCUGCACGUUGAGGACCAUGGUGUCUAAUGCAGCUGCACGUUAAGGACCAUGGUGUCUAAUGCAGCUGCACGGUGAGGACCAUGGUGUCUAAUGCAGCUGCACGGUGAGGACCAUGGUGUGUAAUGCUGCUGUCUCUGUGUGUCCUGCAGGCGGUGGAGGGGCAGAUGGAGGUGCUGGAGGCCCAGGUGGAGGAGCUGGGGGAUAGUGUGGAGUCAGCCGUCCAUGAGUGGAACCUGGAAGAGGUCAACAGACCAUACAGCCGCAUCAGCAGUCAGAUGAGCCAGCUGCAACACCAUGCCCAAAUCAGGUGAGCUCAAGUCACUGCAGCAAUCAAACACAUGACAUUUGAUACAAAGAUGCCAAGAGAUCAUGGUUUGAUGCCCCCCCCCCCCCCCCCCCCAAAAAAAAAAAAAAAAACUACAGGCACCCCGAGGAGACAUAUGUUAUGUUUGAGUGUCUUGUGUGUAACAGAGGAGUUGUCUACCUUCUCUUAGGGGCCAGAAGCUGAGGGAGGCUCUCCACCUCCAUGAGUUCAGACGGGAGUAUUCAGAGCUGGACGACUGGAUCACACAGCAGAGACAGAUAGCCUCCUCUGAGGACUACGGAAAUGACUACGAACAUGUAUUGGUGAGAAAUUCGAUCUACCACUACUGUCUAUAUAUAUAUAUAUAUAUAUAUAUAUAUUUGCACAGAUCUCCAAAAUAUUCAGUUGUAAAAUAUUAUCCAGAUUGUGAGCGUGAGUCAUGCCUAUUCCUUCCGAAUGUUCUUGAUUUCCCAUGACAGCUACUGAAUGGUAAAUUUGAGGCCUUCCUGAAGCAGUUAGACGUGGGUUUUGAUAGGAUGCGGAGCUGCAAAGAGCUUGCUGAUAGGCUCAUUCAACAUAAGCAUCCUCAGGCUUCCACCAUCAGGGACAUACAACAUCAACUCAGGUAUGGGCACCUAAUCGAUAUGCUGUAUUGCUCACACUACCAGUCCACUGUACAAAUUAGCAAUGCAUGUAUCCACAUUCAAAUGAUGAAAUACAACCCAAAUCUGGUUGAAAUGACAUCAUUAGAAGGUUGUUAACUUGUUGCAAUGAUGAUGUAAUUUCAAGCAGCUUUGCCUACUGGAAUGAAAGUCAUGUUAAAGAGAUCUUACCUGGUGACCUGAGCCGGUUGUUUUUGUGUUGUUUCCCUCCUGUUUGAUAGCGUGUCAUGGAAGGAGCUGCAGGACUUGGCCAAAGACCGCAAAGACCGUUUACUCAAAGCCGAGGAGUGUCACAAGUUUUACAGAGAUCUUACCGAUGCCUUAGGACAUAUUGAGGUACAUUUUAAGCAUAAAUAAGUGUAUUUUGGAUUAAUUAGAAAUUGCCUUGAAUGUAGUAAAUAUGAAUUUAAGCCCCCAAGCAAAUAAUGUAGUCAGUCAUGUAAAAUGGCAACUGUAUAUAAUAGCUCAGCACCUUGCUGAGAGCUAAUCUCUCUGUAAAAUUAUCAGUCUUGACCUACAAUGUUUACUGUGCUGCUUAUCCGUGUAGUGUCAGGACAUUAACUUCAUUUAAGGCACUGAUCUGACAACCAGUCAGCUGUGUAAUGAUCACUGAAAAAACACCAUGUAAAUUCAGUGUGAGGGUAAAAUUGAAUUAUGUUUCAUGCAAAUAAAAGUCACUACUGCUUAGCAAAUGCAUGUUGAUAAGUUAUUCUUGAGGUUGUAUGAGUCAUGCUCUGUCGGUGUUCUCUCUCUCUCUCUCUCUUUCUCUUUCUCUUUCUCUUUCUCUUUCUCUUUCUCUUUCUCUUUCUCUUUCUCUUUCUCUUUCUCUUUCUCUUUCUCUUUCUCUUUCUCUUUCUCUCUCUCUUUCUCUUUCUCUCUCUCUCUCUCUCUCUCUCUCUCUGCAACCACGACAGGAGAGGUACAAGAGCAUUCCUGAUGACAUCGCCAGGGACCUGCGAGGGGUGCUGUUGCAGCUUCGUAAACACGAGGCUCUAGUCCACGUGCUAGCAGGGAACGAGCAGCAGGUACUGAACAUAACCACAACACAUCAAUAGUUUACCCACAACUUUUGUCAACAAAUGUUUUUGACUCACUUGAACAACAAUACAAUCAAUGAGAAUCAGUUCACCCAGAACUUUGCUAUUUUUUAGCCCUGUUAUACUGUAGAUAGUUUAAAACUGUCACAUACUCUCCCAUUUUAUUGAGCUACGGCUUUCUAAGCUGUGCUUUGAGGAUAUUUCACUCAGUGGUUACUGUAAUGGAGGUGGUUUGGUGAGCCACGCCUGUGUGAUAAGUAACCUUGCCUGAGACUUGCCUAGGUUUUAGCCCAGAGGGCUAACACAAUCUUGUGGCGCACAGGUCGCUCAAAUUACCAUUCCGGCCAGUUGUGGUGGUUGCCUGCCUGUCUUCAUUGUCCAUCUCCUCUGAAUCUUCCUAUCAUAUGGGUUGUUCUUAGCUCCAGGAGCUGUUGGAUAUGGCAGACUCCACCCUGAACCUGUGCUCCCCAGAGAUGAGGGUUCUCCUGCAGGAGCAGCAGCAGGAGGUGGUGGAGCACUGGGAGAAGCUGCGCCUCCACAUGGACCAGAGGGAGGGAGACCUCAAACGGGCACGCCAACGCUACCUUUUCCUCAACACGGUAACUGACUUAAACUCUAUAGUUACCAUUAGAGACACCAUUUCAGUUUGCUCUCUCUGAGCCUUUACCUGGACUAAUAAGCACUGUCAAUGGCGAUUCUACAUUGAGCGUCCUUUUUAGUCCAGAGGUAGACUUAAUUUGAGUCUAGGAAAUCAGCAUUAAGAGUUUCCUAGUUCUUGUUACACUGAUUGAUUUGGAUAUUACAUGAUGUAUUGUAUGUUGGUUUUAACGUCAAUCUAUUUUGGUGUUCUAGGUCCAGGACUAUGCUCUGUGGUGUGCCCAGGUGCUGAGUGGGAUGACAGCGGAGGAGUCUAUUAGAGACGUGGCCACCUGUGACCUGCACCUGGCCCAGCACCAGCAGCUGUGGGCUGAGAUCGUGGCCCGGGAGGAGACCUACGACCAGGCAGUGGCCAUGGGGCAGGAGCUGCAGGAGCAGGACAGACACAACGCCAGAGAGGUAUAAAUAAAAAUAAUGUAUGCACUCACUAACUGUAAGUCGCUCUGGAUAAGAGCGUCUGCUAAAUGACUAAAAAUGUAAAAUGUAUUCAAUUUAAUAGAUCUUUAUUGUCACAGAAACACAAUUCAGUUGCAGCAGAAUUACACACAAAUUGAAUACACACCCUGUAUGAGCAUAUAUAUACCCUGUAUUCCUAUAUAUGUCUCAAUGUUUUCUGCGCAAAUAUUUUCUACUGUCCCAGCAUUCUGAGGCUUGAAUACAUACAAGAUUAGAGAGUUGGAAUUACAUGAAUGGUACCUAAAUAAGCUGGCAAUGUGUGGUGUCUUCCUCCUACCAGGUCCAGGAUAAGCUGAGUGGUCUACAGGAGGAGAGGGACUCACUUCAUGGCCACUGGGAGAGGAAACAGAGGGGCCUGGAGGGGACCCAUCUGGAACAGGUCUUCUACAGGGACACAGCGAGCAUGGAGAAGAUCACCAACUCACAAGAGGUCAGAGGUCAAAGUUGGUCAAUCAAAUAAUAUAUGCUCUGUUUCAAGACUCACAUUGGCAGUGCAAGCCCCUGACGGUGCAAUUUAAAUCCACUUUGAGCAAAACAAAUGUUUUCCUAUGCUGCAGUACAUGUACAUGUUUUGAAUGCCCCCAACUUCUUGUUUUUCCUUCCAGAUCCUUCUGAAGAACAGUGAUCUGGGGACGUCAGUUGAUGAGACAGAGGGACUCAUAAAACGCCAUGAAGCCUUUGAGAAACUCCUCAGCACUCAGGAGGACAAGGUCUGAAUUUCUUCAAUCAUCCGCUGUCCAUGUCUGUGAAGUGCACAAUUUUAGCUUAAAAGCGCCAACUGUUAUCAUUUUUGGUAAUUAGUAAUUUCAAGGAGAUACAAUUGGUAAUAAUUUCAAAGAGAUACUGUGGUAAUAAUGUCAAAGAGACACUGUAUGUCAAGCAGUAACACUUUAUUUUUAGUAAAUAGUUUAAAUUCCCCCAUAUAAGCAUAUAUUUUAUUAAAUUACACAUUUAUAGUCAAAAAAAAAUGUAUGUAUCAAAAUAGACAUGUUUGUAUGUUUUUCAUGAUUUGAACAGAUAUUUUGAUCAAUUUCAUCCAUGGCCACUUGUUAUGAACAUUUGUCUGUUAUUCAUUCAAAGUGUUGUUUUUGUGGUACUCAGAGGCUGAGAAAUGUGGCGAUUGAGCUAAUCUGACAUACCGGUACCACCUAAAAUGGUCAUCGAUAUUGGCUGUAUAGGCAAUAUGGGCACCGGUGCCAUCACACUUUUAACUAACUUUGGAACGCUAUGGGCUAUCAACUCCAUUCCAAUUGCAUCUGAAAGAUGAUAAUCACAACUUGGAAAAUCAAUGAAUUGAAAUAAAUAAAUUAGGCCCUAAACUAUGGAUUUCACUUGACUGCGUAGGGGCACAGCCAUGGGUGGGACUAGGAGGGCAUAGGCCCACCCACUGGGAGCCAGCCAAUCAGAAUUAGUUUUUCCCCACAAAAGGGCUUUAUUACAGACAGAAAUACUCCUCAGUUUCAUCAGCUGUGGAGGUCCUGGGCUGACAUGGUUACAUGUGGUCUGCGGUUGUGAGGCCGGUUGGACGUACUGCCAAAUUCUCUAAAACGACAUUACAAGUUAACAUUAAAUUAUCUGGCAACAGCUCUGGUGGACAUUCCUGCAGUCAGCAUGCCAAUUGCACACUCCCUCAACUUGAGUCAUCUGUGGCAUGGUGUUAUGUGACAAAACUGCACAUUUUAGAGUGGCAUUUUAUUGUCCCCAGCGCAAGGUGCACCUGUGUAAUGAUCAUGCUGUUUAAUCAGCUUCUUGAUAUACCACACCUGUCAGGUGGAUGGAUGAUCUUGGCAAAGGAUAAAUGUUAAGUAACAGGGAUGUAAACAAAUUUGUGCACAACAUUUGAGAGAAAUAAGCUUUUUGUGUAUAUUUCUGGGAUCUUUUAUUUCAGCUCAUGAAACAUGGGACCAACACUUUACGUGUUACGUUUAUAUAAUAUGUAUUUUCAGGGUACAUGCAUCUACCUCUGUGACAAAUUUGGUGCUUUUAUCACAAAGUUUACUAUUGAGUCCACAUUUUCAGGCACCACUAGUAUACAAAAUAUAGUAUUUUUCAUUCCUCCAUAUUAACACAGAAAUCAUGGUACAUUUGUUUAUUUUUGUUGGUAACAAGUUGCUUGACAAAGUCCUAAUAUUUCAGUAGGAUCAACAACAAAAAAUUUAAAUUACGAAAGGUUUGAUCCAUUUUUGACACCGUUGGUGCUUUUAGUGUGAAUAUUGUCCAAAUAAAUAAAUGAAGAACAUGGUAAUUUAAUAAUCUAUGUUAAAACAAACACUGUCAAGUGUUAUGUGUAUAUGUCUCAGCCUGUUCUCAACCACGGCACUGUCAUUGCUCUUUAGAUAUCAUUGCUGAAGGACCUUGCUGAGAGACUGAAGAAGGAAGACUUCAGUCGUGAGAAAGCCGGCCGCAUCCACAGCAAGCUGAAGGCCCUCCUGGAGAGGCGAAGCAGGAUUAAGGGGCUGUCAAUCAAACGCAGAGAGGAGUUGGCCAUCUCCAGGCUGCUCUGCAUCUUCAACCGCAAUGCUGCUGAGGUACUGUACAGUACCACACAUCACCUGUGGUCAGACAUGGGUUCAAAUCAAGGGGCCAGGGUUCCGGGCCAGAAGCACACUUUUGACUGCACCUACGGUUUUGCUUCGGUACUGCAGUUUAACUGAUGUCUGGCCCAGAAAGACAAUUCCUAUAGACGGCCCCAUAGAAAAGUCACAUUUGAAAAUUCCUAAUAAGACACUUUAGUCAUCACCUUUGUGCACAAACUUUAUUUAAAUAAUUGUAGCUGAGGCCGAUUCUUUUUCCAUCACUCACAGCUGAAGAUAGUAACAUUUUAUAUUCAUGCUCUUGACGUCAUGAGCCCAGCUAACCAGGGGAAGUGCCAGUUGGCUUGUUUAGCUGUCCACGUGCUUAGCACGCUCUGACAGAGUUCCCAGAGCAUGUUCGCGCGAUACUGCUGUCUGUCCAGUGUGCACUGAGUGCUAGUGCGCAGACGCAGUAAGAAAGAUGUCAACAAACACGAAACGGCGUAUGCGAAUGUGAGUAGAUUACGUUGAAAACUACGGUCGGCCAUCUUGGAAGCAGUCUCUAGUUCUUUUAUACGUCAAUGAUUCAAAUGCUAUUUGUUUUCUUUCAACUACUUUCAGCCUUUGAUUGAGCCUGGCUGGCCUGGAAUGCCAGAUGGGCUUGCACUUCGAGACUAGUCCAUUAGUUCCCUUGCGCCAGGAAAGCUCAAUCAAGUGUAGAUGGAGUAUUUAGAGAUAAAUAAUUAUAGAAAAUAAUUACUAUUUGAACCAAGGUCUGCCUGUGGUAGAUGGAGCCAUGUUGUCUGUCUCUGUCUUUGGUCCAGGCUGAGGAGUGGGUGUUGGAGCGUAUGCAGAAGAUGCAGGAUGACUCCAAGGUGGACCUGAGCAACCUGCAGACCAAGAUGAAGCUGCUCCAGAAACAUCAAGUCUUCGAGGCAGAGAUUCUCUCCCACAGCAGAAUCAUUGACUCAGUGCAGCUGGUAUGAGCUGUUAUUAAAAUACACUGGGGAGGGUUUAUUGUCAGGGAUAACUACAGUACAUAAUUCAGUAACACUUAAAUAAUAAUAAUAAUAUGCCAUUUAGCAGACGCUUUUAUCCAAAGCGACUUACAGUCAUGUGUGCAUACAUUUUUACGUAUGGGUGGUCCCGGGGAUCGAACCCACUACCCUGGCGUUACAAGCGCCAUGCUCUACCAAUUGAGCUACAGAGGACCAUCCUUAUAAUCCUUUAUAACUUCUUAUAAGCAUGUAUGAGCCUUUAUAAUGUCUUGUAAUAAGUCAUAAUAUGUCAUAGAGAUUCAUGUAUCAAUGUUUCAACUGAUUCAAACUGACCCCUGUGCUGGCCUAGGCUGGUGAGGAGCUGGUGUCUCUGCAUCACCCUAAGUCCCAGGAGGUUCGUCGUAGUGCUGCAGCUCUGGAGAAACACUGGGAGGAGCUGAAGCUAGCCGUGGCCGCCAGGGGGAAGGUUCUAGAAGACAACAGAGACUUCCUGGAGUUCCUGCAGAAGGUGGACCAGGUAGAGGUCUGGAUCAGACAGAAGGUAAGAAUGGACAAGAACAAUCAAUGAAGGAGUCCUAGAAGAGCUAUGAAAAGAAGUCUCUGCACAUUUGAAUUAGAUGCAAGUUUCAGUCUUAAAUGUGCCAAGCUUCAGUCAACAACAACCUUUUGUCAGAGCAUACCACCUAGAAGAGCAAUGGGUGAUGGAACUUUGAAGAGUAGGCAGUAUGGCAGCGUGAGACUUUAGAUGAGAAUGCACCCACAAAACUUUGGAUUCCGAGAAGAAUGCAUGAGCUACCACGAUAUCAGUGGUUAUCAGCAUGUCUUGCAUAUUGCUAAUAUAAAACAUACAUGGAAAAAAAAAUAUAUUUCUGAUGGCUUUUUAUACUUUUUUUCUGGUCUUUUUCAGGAGGUGAUGAUAAACAUAGGGGAUGUUGGCACAGACUAUGAGCAUGGGCUCCAGCUGCUGAAGAAACUCAAUGAGUUUAGAGGAUCAGGCUCUGGGGUGAGUUUGUUUCUGAACGAACAUAGGACAUGUACAGUGCUAGCGUUUUCCAACACUGCUGGUCUUGGAACUUUGGGUGAGUUUAGUGACCCUUAUCAAGAAGGAGAAUUGGUCAAUUAUGUAUUUUUGGUCACUGCUCAAGUCUUCCCAUACAAUUUAAUUGAGUGUGUUUUUUAUUUCAGGAAGUCACAGUGGACGAUGCUCACAUCAAGGCCAUCAACAACCUGGCUGCUCGGCUGGAGAGGCAGAACAGUGACGAGCUGGCCACUGUGAAACAGCGCAGACAGCAGCUUAAUGACAGGUGACACCCAACCUACUGAGAAAAUUAGUUGAUGAUGAUGACUGUGGUGAUGUUUGUCCUUCAAGAGGAAAACUAUUUCCACAGCUCACAGGUUCAAUUGCCUUUAUUCAACCAGAAAAGUUGUAAUGUACACAUACUGUAGUAUAAUUAAUUUCCACUUUUUUAAAUCUGCUCAAACCCAUUUUCUUUUCACCACACCUUCCAUCAGAUGGAGUAAGUUCCAUGGCAACCUGAGCAGCUAUAAGAAGAAGCUGGAGGCAGCGCUGGUGAUCCACUCUCUAAUCAGAGAACUGGAUGAAGUCCGGGAGAGAGCCAAUGAGAAGGUUGGAAGGGCUUCAUCUUAACCCUUCUCUAUAAAACCCACUUAAUAUUAAUAGUCUCUUAUGUAUGACUUACUGUAACAGAUGUCAUAAGAAGAGUUUCAGAGUACAGUAUUUCAGAGUAUACACCCUUGUUGUCUUGAAAGCAUGUCCACAUCAUAUUGUAUUUAAUUCCUAUCUGCUGGGAUUCCUAUUGUAGAUGCAGCUGCUGCAAGGCCAGGACUGUGGCUGGGAUGUGGAGAGUGUGGAGAAUCUGAUACGACGCCAUGAGGAGACUGAACGCGAGGCUGGAGUCAUACAGGAAAGGGGCAAGGUGAGAGAAGCAAUAUUAAAGCAUUAGACCGAUCACUAAAAGCUUCAGUCAUACAAAAGUUAUACUUAAAUCCGAACUGGUUCUCUAGCAAAUUAGUAAGAUUGUGUCACCCCAUGUUCAAGAAUGGCCUUUUUCCCUUUAUUCAGAUUACAACCUCUCACUUACAAUUAUUUGAAAAGGAAAUCAUCUCCCAAAUAUCACAAGCCAUAGAAAGUUGAUUGCAUUUUCAAUGUAAUCCUCCAGAAACGACAGAACAAAUAAUGCAACAAAUAUUGUGGUUAAAAUCUUCGUAAAUGAUAUCAUAGGUAGGACUGGUGGAGUUAUGUCGCACCUGCAGCUAACAAAAACAUAUGGAAAUGUCUGCUCUACCCAAAAUUACAACCAAAUAAUUGCAGCAUUACUGUAAAAAUGGAAGAGGAAACUGGAAGGGGGAAAAAGUAAGGAACUUGUCUGUCAGCCCUGCAUUAAAGAACAUAAUUGGUUAAAGAAAAUUGUGAUAAAUAAAAAAGUAUACCAGUUUCAUUUAAGGACCAAAGGAUUGACAGCCGUCCUAUAUAGAUUGCAAAAUAGUUGGGAAGAGAUUUUUGACGUUCCGAUUCCAUGGCAUAGUGUUUAUGAACUGAUACGCAAAACGACGCCGGAUUCAAAACGUAGAAUUUUUCAAUUUAAAUUAUUAUACAAAAUUCUUACUACCAAUAGAAUGUUAUUUAUAUGGGGGAUACAAUCUUCCCAGCUCUGCAGAUUUUGCUACAAAGAGACAGAAUCAUUAGAUCAUUUGUUUUGGUACUUUCCAUUUGUAGUGUGUUUUUGGUCACAGGUCCAGGAAUGGCUGAAGGAUUGCAAUAUUUACCUGGAGCUAACCCUGCAGAUAGCACUACUGGGUGAUCUGAAAAGUCAGUCAAUCGAUCAAUAAUCUAACAAUACUUUUAGCAAAAAAAAAUAUUUUCAAUUUACAAUCUGUAGAAACAAUGAGAAUAGAAGGGUUCAGAACUUUUGUGAAACAUCAAAUCAAAUUUUAUUGGCCACAUGCGCCGAAUACAACAGGUGCAGACAUUACAGUGAAAUGCUUACUUACAGCCCUUAACCAACAGUGCAUUUAUUUUUUAAUAAAAAAGUAAAAUAAAACAACAACAAAAAAGUGUUGAGAAAAAAAUAGCUAAAAUAAAAUAACAGUAGGGAGGCUAUAUAUACAGGGGGUACCGGUGCAGAGUCAAUGUGCGGGGGCACCGGCUAGUUGAGGUAGUUGAAGUAAUAUGUACAUGUGGGUAGAGUUAAAGUGACUAUGCAUAAAUAAUAAACAAAGUAGCAGCAGGUAAAAAGAUGGGGGUGGGGGUGGGGGGGCAGUGCAUAUAGUCCGGGUAGCCAUGAUUAGCUGUUCAGGAGUCUUAUGGCUUAAGGGUAGAAGCUGUUGAGAAGUCUUUUGGACCUAGACUUGGCACUCCGGUACUGCUUGCCGUGCGGUAGCAGAGAGAACAGUCUAUGACUAGGGUGGCUGGAGUCUUUGACAAUUUUGAGGGCCUUCCUCUGACACCGCCUGGUAUAGAGGUCCUGGAUGGCAGGAAGCUUGGCCCCAGUGAUGUACUGUGCCGUACGCACUACCCUCUGUAGUGCCUUGCGGUCGGAGGCCGAGCAGUUACCAUACCAGGCGGUGAUGCAACCAGUCAGGAUGCUCUCGAUGGUGCAGCCGUAUAAUUUUUUGAGGAUCUGAGGACCCAUGCCAAAUCUUUUCAGUCUCCUGAGGGUGAAUAGGCUUUGUCGUGCCCUCUUCACGACUGUCUUGGUGUGUUUGGACCAUGAUAGUUCGUUGGUGAUGUGGACACCAAGGAACUUGAAGCUCUCAACCUGUUCCACUACAGCCCCGUCGAUGAGAAUGGGGGCGUGCUCAGUCCUCUUUUUUUUCCUGUAGUCCACAAUCAUCUCCUUUGUCUUGGUCAUGUUGAGGGAGAGGUUGUUAUCCUGGCACCACACGGCCAGGUCUCUGACCUCCUCCCUAUAGGCUGUCUCAUCGUUGUCGGUGAUCAGGCCUACCACUGUUGUGUCGUCGGCAAACUUAAUGAUGGUGUUGGAGUCGUGCCUGGCCAUGCAGUCAUGGGUGAACAGGGAGUACAGGAGGGGACUGAGCACGCACCCCUGAGGGGCCCCCGUGUUGAGGAUCAGUGUGGCAGAUGUGUUGUUACCUACCCUUACAACCUGGGGGCGGCCCGUCAGGAAGUCCAGGAUCCAGUUGCAGAGGGAGGUGUUUAGUCCCAGGAUCCUUAGCUUAGUGAUGAGCUUUGAGGGCACUAUGGUGUUGAAUGCUGAGCUGUAGUCAAUGAAUAGCAUUCUCACGUAGGUGUUCCUCUUGUCCAGGUGGGAAAAGGGCAGUGUGGAGUGCAAUAGAGAUUGCAUCAUCUGUGGAUCUGUUGGGGCGGUAUGCAAAUUGGAGUGGGUCUAGGGUUUCUGGGAUAAUGGUGUUGAUGUGAACCAUGACCAGCCUUUCAAAGCACUUCAUGGCUACAGACGUCAGUGCCACGGGUAGGUAGUCAUUUAGGCAGGUUAUCUUAGUGUCCUUGGGCACGGGGACUAUGGUGGUCUGCUUGAAACAUGUUGGUAUUACAGACUCAGUCAGGGACAUGUUGAAAAUGUCAGUGAAGACACUUGCCAGUUGGUCAGCACAUGCUCGGAGUACACGUCCUGGUAAUCCGUCUGGCCCUGCGGCCUUGUGAAUGUUGACCUGCUUAAAAGUCUUACUCACAUUGGCUACGGAGAGCGUGAUCACAUAGUCAUCCGGAAUAGCUGGUGCUCUCAUGCAUGCUUCAGUGUUGCUUGCCUCGAAGCGAGCAUAGAAGUAGUUUAGCUCAUCUAGAAGUCUUGUGUCACUGGGCAGCUCGCGGCUGUGCUUCCCUUUGUAGUCUGUAAUAGUUUUCAAGCCCUGCCACAUCCGACGAGCGUCAGAGCCGGUGUAGUACGAUUCAAUCUUAGUCCUGUAUUGACUCUUUGCCUGUUUGAUGGUUCGUCUGAGGGCAUAGCGGGAUUUCUUAUAAGCGUCCGGGUUAGAGUCCCUGCUCCUUGAAAGCGGCAGCUCUACCCUUUAGCUCAGUGCGGAUGUUGCCUGUAAUCCAUGGCUUCUUGUUGGGGUAUGUACGUACGGUCACUGUGGGGACGACAUCAUCGAUGCACUUAUUGAUGAAGCCAGUGACUGAUGUGGUGUACUCCUCAAUGCUAUCUGAAGAAUCCCGGAACAUGUUCCAGUCUGUGCUAGCAAAACAGUCCUGUAGCUUAGCAUCUGCGUCAUCUGACCACGUUUUUAUUAACCGAGUCACUGGUGCUUCCUGCUUUAGUUUUGGCCUAUAAGCAGGAAUCAGGAGGAUAGAGUUAUGGUCAGAUUUGCCAUAUGGAGGGCGAGGGAGAGCUUUGUAUACGUCUCUGUGUGUGGAGUAAAGGUGGUCUAGAGUUGUUUUUCCUCUGGUUGCACAUUUAACAUGCAAUACAGUUGAAAAAUAUAUGGCAAAUAGAAAUCCAAUAUGGAUGGUGUUAAGAGAUAGAUGGGAGAUGUUGAAUGGAGCUGAAGGAUGGGACUAAUAACAACUAAUAACAACAAGAUAACUAAUGUAAAGCAAACUGUGUCCAUAAUAAGUAUAUAGGUUAUAGGUUGAGAGCUUUUGUGAAAGAGCACAGUUAGAAAGAUAUGGCAUAUAGAAGCAAACCGGAUGGACAUCAUGAAAAUGAUCGGAGAGGGUAGAGGAAGUUCAGGAGUAAAAACAAACAAAAUAUAAUUAUUGUAAAAUUGACUGUGUACAUAAAAUGUAUAUAGUAUGAAUAAGCUGGAAGUAGAGUCCUAAGCAUUGUAGUUCACUAGUUUACUCCAAUUAGGGAAGGGGUGGUGGGGUUGGAAAGUAAUAAAGGGAAAUAAAAAAAUGUAAAGGGUGUGUGUGUGUGUGUGUGUGUGUGUGUGUGUGUGUGUGUGUGUGUGUAUAUGUAUAUAUAUAUAUAUAUAUAUAUGUAUCACAGACUGGGCUUUCAGUCAAUGUAAUUGUCUGCAUCACUUCCAAUCCCCCAUAUCCCCCCCCCCCCCCCACCUGAUACACUGUAAUGCGUUUUAGAGUGAAACAGAAAAUUGAACUGAAUUGAAUAUCUGAAAGACCAACUAAUUGCAUCCUGAUCUUGUGUUGAUUUGCCAGGCACUGGAAAAGGACACCGCUGACCGCCUGAAAGCCCAGUCUGUGAUGGCCGACAAACUGAGCAAAAAGCAGAAAGAGGUCAAAACCGGCCUUGUGAAGCUGGAGAAGGACGUUAAACUCAGGUGUUGCAAAUAAUAACUGAAAUAUCCUGAAAAGAUGUACCCCUUCCCAACGUGAUACACUACAUGACCAAAAGUAUGUGGACACCUGCUCGUCGAACAUCCCAUUCCAAAAUCAUGGCCAUUAAUAUGGAGUUGGUUCCCCUUUUGCUGCUAUAACAGCCUCCACUCUUCUGGGAAGGCUUUCCACAAGAUGUUGGAACAUUGCUGCAGGGACUUGCUUCCAUUCAGCCGCAAGAGCAUUAGUGAGGUCGGGCACUGUUGUUGGGCAAUUAGGCCUGGCUUGCAGUUGGCGUUCCAAUACAUCUCAAAGGUGUUCAGUGGGGUUGAGGUCAGGGCUCUGUGCAGGCCAGUCAAGUUCUUCCACACUGAUCUCAACAAACCAUUUCUGUAUGGACCUCGCUUUGUGCACUGGGGCAUUGUCAUGCUGAAACAGGAAAGGGCCUUCCCCAAACUGUUGCCACAAAGUUGGAAGCACAGAAUCGUCUAGAAUAUCAUUGUAUGCUGUAGGGUUAAGAUUUCCCUUCACUGGAACUAAGGGGCCUAGCCCGAACCAUGAAAAACAGCCCCAGACCAUUUAACCUCCUCCACCAAACUUUACAGUUGGCACUAUGCAUUGGGGCAGGUAGCAUUCUCUUGGCAUCCGCCAAACCCAGAUUCGUCCGUCGGACUGCCAGAUGGAGAAGCAUGAUUCAUCACUCCAGAGAACGUGUUUCCACUGCUCCAGAGUCCAAUGGAGGUGAGCUUUACACCGCUCCAGCCGAUGCUUGGUAUUGCACAUGGUGAUCUUAGGCUUGUGCUCGGCCAUGGAAAACCAUUUCAUGAAGCUCCCGACGAACAGUUCUUGUGCUGACAUUGCUUCCAGAGGCAGUUUGAAACUCGUUAGUGAGUGUUGCAACCGAGGACAGACGAUUUUUACGCGUUACGCGCUUCAGCACUCGGCAGUCCUGUUCUGUGAACUUGUGGGGCCUACCACUUCGCGGCUGAGCCAUUGUUGCUCCUAGACAUUUCCACUUCACAAUAACAGCACUUACAGUUGACCGGGGCAGCUCUAGCAGGGCAGAAAUUUGACGAACUGACUUGUUGGAAAGGUGGCAUCCUAUGACGGUACCACGUUGAAAGUCACUGAGCUCUUCAGUAAGGCCAUUCUACUGCCAAUGUUUGUCUAUGGAGAUUGCAUGGCUGUGUGCUCGAUUUUAUAAACCUGUCAGCAACGGUUGUGGCUGAAAUCGCCGAAUCGACUAAUUUGAAGGGGUGUCCACAUGCUUUUGUAUAUAUAGUGUACUUUGAUCUUGCAAAACCGACACAAUGGAAUCAUUAUUCAAGUCAUUAUGACAGUAUAGAUGUGUGUGCGCUGAGAGGACACCAUAUACUUCCUUCUUGCAUUAUUAUGGGUUUUGGGGAAGCUGCAGAGAGACUAACAGGAAGUGAUGUUACAGGAAGGAGAGGCUGCAGGAGGCUCACCAGCUGCAGCUUUUCAAGGCUAACCAGCGCCUCCUACUGGACUGGACCCUGAAGCAGAGCUCUGAGAUGGGAGAGAAAGGCCUGCCCAAGAGCAAGAACGAGGCAGAGCGAUUCAUAGUAGAACAUCAAGACUGGAAGGUGACUAAUGAUUAUGAUAUUCAAGUUAAUAUUUUGAUGGCUAUCUUUCUAGGUCACCCUAGGAAAAUAGGUUUUCAACCUUGUGACGUUAAAUAAAGGACAACAAAAUCCCCCCCAAAUUUCAACCUCCUAUAAGACCCAGUAAAAUUGCAAACUUAAGUAUCCGGAAGAGAUUAAAUGUGUUUAUGUGUUCUAGACUGAGAUUGAUGCACGGGGGGAGCGUAUCGACUCUGUUAGAGACUUUGGCCUGAGUCUGGUAAAGUCUGGACACAGCUCAUCAUCAGAGAUCAAGAAGUCUCUGACCAAGCUGGAAGAGGCCAAAAUGGGUCUGAGCCAGACCUGGCAGGACAGGAAGAAGACUCUGGAUCAGGCUCUAGGCCUACAGGUAACCCUAACUUGGAGACAUUUGUACUAUUCAUGUUGUGAAUGUAGCUCAUCUAACAUUAGGCAUGUUUUCCUGCUUAUUUAUUUUUUAUUGCCAGUCAACGUACCUAAUAAAAUAAGGGUCAAAUGAAUAACAAAAGUUACCUAAAUCUCGUUUUCAUUUCAGAUAUUCCUUGGCUACAUGGAUCAGAGUGAGAGCUGGUUGAGUAACAAGGAGGCCUUUCUGGCUAAUGAAGACCUUGGGGUGGGAACUCAAUGCAUUUGCUCAUAAAUUGUGUGUGAAGAAUUUAUGUAGGCCUUUUAAAGGACUUAUGAAGGCUUCAUUAAGCCUUUAUCAGAUAUGUGUUGUUUAAAUUGGGACGUUGAUUGGUUAUUGCAGAGUUCUCUAUCUGACGUGGAGACCCUACAGAGAAAGCAAGCCCUGUUUGAGAACACCCUGGAUGCUCAGAUGGAGCAGGUGGAAGGAGUGGAGCGGUUCGCCCAACAGCUGAUCCAGCAGAAACACUUUGACUCAGACAAUAUCAAGAGCAAGAGCAAGUCUGUGCUGCUCAGGUAGAAGCCAGCAAUGAACUAAGUGCCAAAUAUUUCCCUGUUUUCAAAGACUGUCUAUAUACAAAGAGAUUGUUUGGUGUAUGAAAUGAUUUAUUCUGCCUUUGUGUGCUAUACCUGACUCAAAAACUAUGCCUCUCUCCAGAAAAGGAAAACUGUUGGAAAUGAGUAAGGUUCGCCGGAAGGCUCUGGAAGAAUCUCUACAACUCCAGAAGUUCCUGGGUAGCAGCUAUGAGGUAUGAGAAGUUGGGUCUGCUUGAUGAGUCCGCUUUAACCAACUCAAUGUUAGUGUGGGUCUAUGAGGCUGGUAUGCAAGACUAAAACAUAAGUAUACCCCUGAGUCAAUACUUUGUAGAAGCACCUUUGGCGGCGAUUACAGCUUUGAGUCAUCUUGGGUAUGUCUGUAUCAGCUUUGCACUUCUGGAUUUGGGGAUUUUCGCCCAUUCUUCCCUGUAGCUUUUCUCAAGUUCUGUUAAAUUAGAUUGGGAGUGGCAGUGAACAGCAAUCUUCAAGUCUUUCCACAGAUGUUCAAUGGGAUUCAUGUCAAGGAUUUUCACAUUCUCGUUCUGAAGCCAUCCCAGCGUUGCUUUGGCUGUAAGCUUGGGGUCAUUGUCCUGUUGGAACGUAAAUCUUUGUCCCAGUCUAAGGUUGUUUGCACUAUGAAGCAGGUUCUCAUCAAGGAUUUGCCUGUAUUCAUUGUUCCCUCUAUCCUUUCCUGUCUUCCAGUCCCUGCCGCUGAAAAGCGUCCCCAUAGCAUGAUGCUGCCACCACCAUGCUUCAUGGUAGGGAUGGUGUUCGAUGGGUGAUGAGCUGUGCCUGGUUCUCCAGACAUAGCGCUUUGCAAUCAGGCCAAAGAGUUAACUUUUUGUCUCAUCAUACCACAGAAUCUUUUGCCUUGUUAUCUCAGAGUCUUUCACAUGCCUUUUUGCAAACUCCAGGCGUGCUGGCAUGUGCCUUUUUCUCAGGAGUGGCUUCCGUCUGGCCACUCUUCUAUAAAGUCCAGAUUGAUGAAGUGCUGUAGAGACUGUUGUCCUUCUGGCAGGUUCUCCCAUCUCAGCCAAGGAACUCUGUAGUUCUGUCAGAGUGUUCAUUGGGUUCUUGGUCAUCUCCCUGACCAAGGUCUUUCUUUCCCGGUUGCUCAGUUUGGUCGGACGGCCAGCUCUAGUCAGUGUCUGGGUAGUUCUAUAUUUUUUCAAUUUCCCAAUGAUGGAGACCACUGUGCUCUUGGAAACUUUCAACACUCUAGAAAUGGUUUUAUAUCCUUCCCCAGAUAUAUGCCUCAUUACAAUUCUAUCUCGGAGAUCUACGGACAGGUUCUUGGACUUCAUGGUAUAGUUUCUGCUCUGACAUGCACUGUCAACUGUGGAACCUUAUAAAGACAGGUGUGUGUCUUUCUAAAUCAUGUCCAAACAAUUUAAUUGGCCACAGGUGGACUCCAAUCAAGUGGUAGUGACAUCUCAAGGAUGAUCAAAGUAAAUUGGAUGCUUAAUUUGAAGAUUCAUAGCAACGGUGUGUGUGAAUACUUAUGUAAAUGAGAUAUUUCUGUAUUUCAUUUUCAAUAAACUUGCCAACAUUUCUAAAAACAUGUUUUCACUUUGUCGUUAUGGGGUAUUGUGUGUAGAUGGGUGAGAAAACAAAUCUAUUUAAUCAAUUUUGAAUUCCGGCUGUAACACAAAAUGUGGAGUAAGUCAAGUGGUAUGAAUACUUUCUGAAGGCACUGUAAGUAAUGUGUAAUAACUUGAACCUGUAAAGUAAUGUCUGAUAACUGAAACCUGUAAAGUAAUGUGUGAUAACUGAAACCUGCAGGUGUGCUCGUGGCUCAAUGAGAGGAAUGCAGUGGCCCUGGAUGAAAGCUGGAGAGACCCCAUCAACCUCCAGGCCAAACUACUGAAACACCAGAGCUUUGAGGCUGAGAUCUUAGCGAACCGUAACCGAGUUGACGCUCUUACUAAGGUAUGUGUGAGUCUGAAGAAGUGCUUUCAAUGCACAUUAAUCACAGAGUAGUAUCUCAGUACUUUCCUAUUGCUUAUGGCAGCUCAAUACACAUUAAGAUAUAAUAACAUAGCUCUCUGUCCUUCAUAGAAUCUGCAAUGUCCUCUGUUCUGAGACCAGUGUCUCGGCAGAUGUUAUUCACAGUACAGUUAAAGUUAGCCGUGACUGGUCUAGGCAAGUGUUAUUGAGUCAAUGUUCACCCACAGGAGGGAGAGAGAAUGAUAGCAGCGGGUCACUCCACUCCUGGGAAGAUCAAACCGUGGCUGAAGGAUCUUAACCAUGGCUGGGACCAGCUCCUCAACAACUGUAAAGAGAAGAAAUCUCGUCUGCAGCAGGCCUACCAGGUAUUUGCACAUUAUAGACAUAUUGUACUCAUCUUUGAUGAUAGAUACAGUAGAUGAUACUAUGAAAAAGAGAAUGUAACUUUAAUGACAUAAUAAAAUCAAAUUGUAUUUGUCACCUACACAUACGCUAUAUAUAUAAAAGUAUGUGGACACUCCUUCAAAUUAGUGGAUUCGGCUAUUUCAGCCACAACCGCCAUUGCUGACAAGUGUAUAAAAUGGUGCACACAGCCAUGCAAUCUCCAUAGACAAACAUUUGCAGUAGAAUGGCCUUACUGAAGAGCUAAGUGACUUUCAACGUGGCACUGUCAUAGGAUGUCACCUUUCGAACAAGUCAGUUUGUGGAAGUUCUGCCCUGCUAGAGCUGCCCCGGUCAACUGUAAGUGCUGUUAUUGUGAAGUGGAAACAUCUAGGAGCAACAACGGCUCAGCUGCGAAGUGGUAGGCCAUACAAGCUCACAGUACAGGACCGCCAUGUGCUGAAGCGCGUAUUGCGUAAAAAUCGUCUGUCCUCGGUUGCAACACUCACUACCGAGUUCCCAAACUGCCUCUGGAAACAAUGUCAGCACAAAAACUGUUUGUCGAGAGCUUAAUGAAAUGGGUUUCCAUGGCCGAACACAAGCCUAAGAUCACCAUGUGCAAUGACAAGCGUCGGCUGGAGUGGUGUAAAGCUCGCCGCCAUUGUACUCUGGAGCAGUGGAAUCGCGUUCUCUGGCGUGAUGAAUCACGCUCACCAUCUGGCAGUCCGACGGACGAAUCUGGGUUUGGCGGAUGUCAGGAGAACGCUACCAACUGCAAGCCAGGCCUAAUCGCCCAACAUCAGUGCCCGACCUCACUAAUGCUCUUGUGGCUGAAUGGAAGCAAGUACCCGCAGCUAUGUUCCAACAUCUAGUAGAAAGCCUUCCCAGAAGAGUGGAGGCUGUUAUAGCAGCAAAGGGGGGACCAACUCCAUGUUAAUGUCCAUGAUUUUGGAAUGAGAUGUUCGACGAGCAGGUGUCCACAUACUUUUGGUCAUGUAGUAUAUUUGCAGAGACAACAUCCCCUCCAGGUAAAAUAAUAAAGCAUUCUGCUUUAAAGGCCCAAUGCAGCUGUUUUUGUCUCAAUAUCAAAUCAUUUCUGGGUAACAAUUAAGUACCUUACUUUUAUAGCUUUCCAUUAAAAUGGUCAACAAAAAAAAAAAAAUUUGCUUUUUAACAAAAAAUUAUAAAGCAAGAAUUUAGCUAGGAUUGUCUGGGAGUGGUCUGAGUUGGAAGGGGGAGUGAAAUGUAAUCAGAAAACUGGCUGUUAUUGGCAGAGAUGUUUGGAACUCUCUUUGUUAUUGGUCUAUAUUAACUUAUACCGCCUGCUGAUGUCACGAGGCAAGCCAAAACUGCACCCAUGCAAAACCUGCUGAAUAGAAGGUCUUGUGUAGAUUGUACCAGCAACUAUCAGGAAAUAACACUGAUCAAAUGCAUUCACACUUUUACAGUGUUAGUUUCAUCAGCUGUUGUACAAUAUGAUAUAAAACACAGGAAAAACAACAUUUUGACUGCUCUUGGCCUUUAAGUAAAGUAUUAGGCUAUAAUUCUUCUAUAACUUUGUUAUUUUCUACCACCAGGCUUUACAGUUCCAGCGUUCUCUGGACGACAUAGAGGAGUGGCUUAGGUCCGUAGAAGUUGAAGUAACCAACGAGGACUGUGGCACUGACCUCCCGUCAGUCAGCAGGCUGCUGAAGGCUCUACAGGGCCUGGAGGAGGUGGUGGAUGGCUAUCUGGAGAGGGUCCAGGGCUUAGUGGAUACAGCCAAGGACUUCAGCUCCAAGGGCAACUUCCUGGCCCAGGAGAUCCAGCAACGAGUAGGCCAAACUGUCAAUAGGUAAGUUUUUUUUUUUUGUCGAAGAUAUAUAAAUAAUACUGGCAAAGCAUAUUAUGUCUGAUUCUCCCCAACUACAUUUAAAUAUUAGUCAGCGUACGAGACAGAUUAAUAAAACACACAUUUUAUUACCAUGCAACAGAGUACACACACACCAAUACAGCAUGGCUGUGAGAGUGCGCUUGUGAAAGGAAUUGUAAGGGUUUUGCGCAGCCCCGCCCCUCACACUUUUUUUCAUGGUCCUUCGAGACGGAUUUUAAACAACUUUCGUUAUUGCAGAUAUAACAGCCUGGCUGAGCCAUUGCAGAACCGACGGGAGACCUUAGAAUCCUGGCAGCUGUUGUUCCAGUUCUACCGUGACAUGGAGGAUGAGCUGGUCUGGGUCCAGGACAAACUGCCCUCUGCCUCCUCCAAAGACUGGGGAACCUCCCUACAGAGCACUCAGUCUAUGGUCAAAAAACAUCAGGUCAGAGGCAGCGAUGGUCAAUGUACCAGUUUGCAUUUAAGAUACUAACAACAAGGUUGUUCUUGGGUUUCUGUCAAGAACUUAGUGAGAAAUGUAUUUGUAAAAAGUGUUAUACAUGUAAGAUUUGAUUGAUUGGUUGGUUGAUUGAUUGAACCUCUGUGUGUGCAGGCUGUGGUGCAAGAGAUAGCGAGCCGUACCCCUCUGGUGCAGGCUGUCCAGGACGCAGGGCAGAACCUGGUGAGGGGCAGACACUUUGCCUCGCAUGAGAUCAGCGAGAAGCUGGCUGAGCUCAAGAAGAUUUUUGAGAGCCUGAGGAGAGAGUCAGAGAACAAGGGCCAACUGCUGCAGGAGGCUCUGAAGAUACAGACCUUCCUCUCUGAGGUAGAUAACUGUGACCACUGACCAUACUCUCCAUACAUUCUCUUUUGACACGCUCUUUGGACACAAACACAGGUUCCACAAUCCACAAAAACUCUCUCAAUACAUCUUUCUACACAACUUUCUACAGUGAGGUAAUUUUAUUUUCCACCCAAAUAUGAUGCCCACUGAAGAACCUUUAUAAGCUUACAUUUCUCUUUAGGUUUCAGAACUAGAGCUGUGGAUAGAUGAGCAGAGACCCACGUUAGAGUCCAAAGACUUUGGGAAGAGCGAGGAGGCCACCGAGGUCUUCCUGAGGAAGCUGGACUCUAUAGACCUGGACCUGGAGAACCAGCAGCUGAAAGUAGAGUCUCUUCAGGAGACUGGCGCUAAACUGGAGCACUGUGGCCACCCCAACAGGUACAGUAUACAAACCUUACAGUAUGUAUAUUAUUCACUUUAUCUGUUAUCAUUGUCAGGAAUUAAGAUAUGUGAUCUCACAGAUAUUUACAGGGACUAACUACAGUAUAUUAAUAUUCUAUAUUCACAUAUUUAACUAUAUUCACAUAUUUUAAAUAUGUACAUUUAGUGAUUCUAAAUCCAUUUUCUUUAUUACUUAAUGUUUGUCUCUCCUUCAAAUGUUCUAAGCCCAUUGACAUGAUGACAUUUCUCUCACACUACAUCAGCCAUUUAGUGAGUAAGAGUCUUCCAGACAUGCUGGAUGAGUAUGAGAGUCUUCUGCGUCUCUCUGCCUCACGACGGGCAGCUCUGGAGGACCAGCUGAACCUCUAUGUGUUUGAGAGAGAGGCCCGGGAGCUGCAGAACUGGCUGUGCUCCCGCAAGACCCUGGCUGAGUCAGAAGACUUUGGACAAGACCUGGAGGACGUGGAGGUAUAGAUGCAGAGUGGACUAUUCCAUUGGUUCCAUUAUACAGGGCAAAUUAGGUGCAGCUCAAGUAUUUGAAAGUUUUGACCCAUGUCUUGGAGGAUGGGAAUAGGGCCAAUACGGAUAAGCCAAGUACUGGACAGUUGUUGGGUGUAUGUAUCGUUUAUAUAUUGCUGUAGCUGAAAACAAGCUUUGUGAGAUUACAGUCUUGGUAAAGUACUGUAAUCAGACAAGUAAUGAUCGAUAUCUAAUGCAUUUUAGUUUAGAGGCAGGCCGCAAUUUUCUUAAUAAAGUCACUUUCUUCCAGGUGUUGCAGAAGAAGUUUGAAGACUUUGUGGCUGAGGUUAACACGCUGGGCCAGAGUAAACUCAGCACUGUUCAACAACUACGACAGGAGGUGAAAUCUGCUGAAGGCCACAGACGAGAGGCAGCGCUGCACAAAUUAUGGGAUGACCUCAACCAAAAUGUGAAGAUUAGAGCGGAGGUAAAAGUCUAAGUCCAGUUCUUCUAUCAAUAAUAUUAUAAGUAGCUGCUUAAGUGGGAGAUUAAACGAUAGGGAAGAAAGGUCAUGUCUGCUCACAAUUCUAUAGUGGCCCUAUUUUCUUGUCCAGCUCCUGUACCAAGCUUGAUGUGCGUUAAACACUCUCCUUCUGAGUAUUAUUUAUAUAUUACUGUGGGUAAUUGACCUGAGCCAUGGUGAUAUAACAGCCAUUUUGUGUGACAGAACCUGAAGUCUGCCCGAGAGGUGCACCAGUUUGACCAUGACGUGGACGAGCUGAAGGGUUGGAUGAGUGAGAAGGAGGUGGUGUUGGACUCUGACGACCACGAUCAUGAUCUACUCAGUAUCCAGGCACUCAUCAGACAACAUGAAGGACUGGAGGUACAGUACACAACCAAAGUUUAUUUAACAUGUUUGAUUGAAAUGGGAGCAGAGCAGUUUCAUUGAGGCAGACUCCAAAGAUUCACAAUUUCAUUAGCCACCCAAGACCUGAUGACUUGCUUUAGCUCCCUAAACUAAUGCCUUUAACUCAGUGGGCUAACGGCUGGUUACACUAACUCACCCAUCAAAUAACUGUGUUUGUUUCCAGAGAGACUUGGCGGUCAUCGAGGGGGAGGUGUCUCGGACUAAAGAGGAGGGGCGGGGCCUAAACAGGAAGUACCCCCAGGUGCGGGCCAGUCUGAGUGAGAGACUACAGGAAGUGGAGGAGAGCUGGGCUAGUCUGCAGGCCAAGGCCAUCCAACGCAGGAAGAGACUGGGGCAGGCUGAGGCUGUGCAGAGAUACCUCACAGAGUGGACUGAACUCAUGUAGGUCUACUUCUUUUCAUUUCAUGUAGUUAGGAUUGAUAAGAUAACACAAUGUCACCCAAUUCUAUAAUGUCACAUUUUAUGAUGUGCUUAUAGAUGUGUAAUGCAUGCUUUAUGAACGUAUAAUUAUUGAGGUGUGCCUGACCUGGAUCUAAUUUGAACAUUUUAAAGUAAAUUGAAGUGCUAUUAUGUUUUGAAUCAUGAGGUUAUUUUAUUUUCCCCUGUAUUGCCCAGGGCAUGGCUGAAAGAGACCCUGUCCCUGGUGAGAGGGGAGGGGUCAGGAGGGGAGGGUGCUGACCUGGAGCAGCUAAUCAAAAGACACGAAGAGUACCAUGUUCAGAUUGACAAGCAGCUCAACAAAUCACAGGCUGUGAAAGAUGAGGGCAAAUACCUCGUGGAGGAAGGCAACUUCAUGUGCCAAGAGGUAGUAGCACAGUACUUAACAGUUUAGACAUAAUGUCAAAGCAACCUAAACAUCAAUGUAAUGGCAAGAUACAGAAAUGUGACAUUUCUCUUUAAGUUUUGCAUUUUUUGCAUUCUUUUAAGCAUUAUUGUCAUCUUGUUUCUAUUAUUAUGUAAUGUGUCACAAUGUUAAAUGUUGUUAUAGGAACAUUUGAAUAAAGCUAUUUUCAUUCAUGGCUAUCUAUUGCUGCCAAAUUGCAGUUGGAGGAGCGUCUUCUGGAGCUGCAGGAGCUGGAGACGCGGGUGCAGGAGGUUUGGGAGGAGAGGAGGGUGUUGUACCAGGAGGAACUGGAGAUCCUACAGCUACAGAGGGAGCUGGAGCAGGCGGAGCACUGGCUCAGUACCUACGAAGCUACUCUGAGGGCAGAGGAGUACGGGGUGAGUCUUUUAAGUGGAGGACAGCCCAGUUAAAAGCAAGCCUAGGCGUUAACACAGUAUUGUGGCGCGCAGGAGACCUGGGUUUGAACCUAGUCACUUACAUAAGUCAUCAUGCUUUCUGAUAAUAGUAUGAAAUAGUUAAUAUUUUCUUGAAUUAAAGAUUUUUCAUGUUACUGGUUAUUGGUUUUAGUGCUAUGUAUUUUUCUUUUCGACCCACUAAGUGAAAGUUGGUUAAGAUGCUCAGUGAUGUCUCUUCUCCUUCCCAGGACUCUGUGUCAGACGUUCUGGAGUUGAUGAAGAAACAGGAGGACUUGGAGGCUAUGAUUCAAGCCCAGAGUGACCGAUUCAGUGCCUUACAGAAGAAGAAAACACAGGUGAGUGAGAGAUGAGAGGACGCUGUUCACCUUUCCUGACAACUGAUGUUAUGGCUGUCGAAUUUUGGCUAACUCCAUUAAACUACACAAUUCCUUUUGGUCUUCUUUGAACAAUGAUAACCCAAAAGAUGGCUUUGGCAUGGAUACAGUAGAUUACUCUCACACAUUAUGUUUUAUUAUAUAUUUUUUAGAGAGAGCAAAGAUUACAAGGCCUCCAUGGUGAUGAUGGAGACAAUUCCAGGAAGAAGCUUUCCAGGGUGACCUCCCUGAAGAGGAAACCGUCUGACCCUAAGACCCCCCGACCCACCGCCCCUAAACCCCUAAAACCCACAGACCGGGUCCGCAGAACCAGCACCAGCAAGACACCAGAUCCAGCUCCAUCGCCCUCCUCAUCCAUCUCCAGUAGCCCCCCUCCCAGCCCCGCCCCUAGGGCCCUGACCACCCAGAACCCUGCCUUUGUGGCCCCCUCUAGAUCCCCACGCUUCGCCCCUCCAGUCAACCCUCCUCCAUCCCCUCCAUCCUCUCCCACUACAGAGACCAGUAGCCACUCUCGCUACAGAUCCCAUAGAUUGUCAGUGAAGGAAGAAGAGUUGCCUCCCACAGAUAGACCAUCUAUCACCCCCAAGCCAAGGCUCUCCCUCAGAGAGAGGAAGUUAGCCAGGCAUGAGGAGCUGGCCCCAGAAACACCUGUGUCGGCCCCAUCGCCGACCUCACCGGAACCAGCCUCAAAUGUAUCGCCCCCACUCUCACCUGUAUCGGCACCUGUCCCCUCUGAACAUCCUGAGCAGCCAGAUAACGAACCCACCACACCCCCUGAACUCCCUCCCCCCUGCAGAGACCUGCCCCCUUCCCCUGUACUGCUACACCACAGGAAACUAGAGGACCUACCAGAGGAGGUGGCUACGCUGUCAGACUCAAUAUCUGAUGUGAGAUCAGAUCACUAAUUAACAAACUACCCUCUGAGUCUGAGUGGAUACCACGUUUAUUUACGUUUUACACUAUGUCUACUGUUAUCCAUCUUGAGAACUGUGUUGUUUACAUCUUUAUAGGUCAGAGGUCAAGUGCCUGUCAGAAUGGAUGGGAUGUUGGAGAUCAAGGUGAAACAAAGCGGAAACAAAGUAAGACCAUGUUUUACUUUAUCAAUGUAGAGGACCGAAACAUUCUGACCUAAAACAAUUGUUGAUGCUAGGUCAUCUCCAGUGUUUUAAUGAUCAAAUCAUUAAUUAUUUACAAUUAGAUAAAGCUGUAAAACCAUGAAACUGUAUUGGUUUGCAGGGUUUGGAGAACUGGGAUGCUGUCUAUGCAGUACUGGAGAGGGAGACACUCAAUCUUUUCAAAGACAGAGAUGCAGCUACAGAGGUACUGCUUAUUCAUCAAGUCUACAGAAAAAGAUUUUAAAGUUAAAUUCACAGGUACUUUUAGAGAAAACAAUGACUUUUGAGAGUACAGUAUGUCACUGCUUUUUUACAGAGGUCUUCCCUAUGGCCCCCCAUCAAUAUGGUUGGAGCAGUGUGUAAGGAAAACCCAUACUAUAGGAGAAAGGACCAUACCUUCAAACUAACGUGAGCCUUUCACAUUACUGAAAGAUAAUCGAUGCUUAAAGUAGCAAAUCAAGCUAUAUCUAAGUACUGUAUAAAACAUGCCAUGUUAGAAGUUUGAGGACCUUGUAAUAAAGUAUACAAAGACUGCUCCUCUGACAAAAUGUAAAUGUAUGUGACUGUCUGUUCUGCUGUCUGUGUAUGUCCUUCAGUCUGGAUGAUGGAAGUCAGUACCUGUUUGCUGCCUCUAGCCGAGAGCAGCAGCUCAAAUGGGUAGAGGAACUUCAGAACUGCACCAAGUCUGAAAGCUCCUCUGACUCUGAGGAUUCUGGGUAAGUCAACUGUCAAACAGAAGGUGCCAUUCCUUAAAACUUUGUUAUUAUAAAUUAAUAGCACAUCUUUUACCAGUGCCUAAACCAAAUAGUUUGCCAAAUAAAGUAUUUAUUUGAAUCCUGGUGUUUUUGAGUAAUGAUCUCGUUAUAAAAUUGAGUAAAUACAGUAUCUUGCUGUUUGAAUAAUUUGCCAAUUCCCAUUUUGUUCAGGAACUCCUCAAAGGACACAGUAGAUCACCAGAACUCCAAACAGGUCGACAUCAAUGAUGCUUCUGAGAACAAAGGGUUUCUCAGAGUUGGCUCCAGAGAAAGUGUUGUCUGCAAUGAACGUUUUGAGAGCGAUAGAGGGCCACCACCAAAGCCCCCCCAUACAUAUUACAACAAGCACCACUACCCUUCAGGAGGGGAGACCAAAGAUGAAGGUGAGACUGUACACAUGCAUUAGUUUCCCAUAACUUGAAAUAUUACAAAAACAACCAUUUUGAAACUGAAAUAAAUUCCAGGUGAGACUAUGCAUUUGUUUCCCUCAAUUUGACUCAUUACACAAUGGUUACAAACAACAAUUUUGGUACAGAAAGAAAUUCCAGAUCUUCACUACAUUUUUUGGCAUGUUAACAUUGUAUUAUUAUUAAUAAAUCCUUACAAAAUACUCUGAAAUACUUUGAGGCCUCUCAUAACAUAAUGUGCUGUCUUGUUCCAGGAACUGUAAUAACCCAGAGCCUGAGUUCCCUACAGAGGAACCAUCCCCCCACCACCCAACCUCCUCUACCUCCACAAAGCCUCAAUGACCCUGAGCCCAAAGACAAACCCAAGAACAAGAGUGUCUUCAAGAAGCUCUUUGGAAAGUGAUUUGUGAUAUUUCCUGUGUUAUUAGAAUAGUCAUCUUAACAAUUGAUAUCUUAAUAUUACCUUUACAAUGUUCAAAUCAAAUGGCACAAUCUUUAUGUUGUAAACCAUUAGCAUUGGUUUAUGAUAUGUUAGCAACAAUUUAUAUGUUACUUUUCUCCUUGUGUUGAUCUACUCAAGACUGCUGCAUGCUCAUGAGAUUUUAUGCCAGUGCCUAUUUAAAAAGCGAAUUUAUUUAUUCCAUAGCAAUAAUUACAUUCAGUUGGCCUAUUUCAUUUUACACAACAUUUCAAUUCACAAUAAUUUACGAAUCACCACAUUUGGUAAUUAAACUAAUAUAUCUGGUGUAGAAACAUACAGAUAGAUAAUCCUUACCUUGCUCAAACGAAGUUUUGCUUUAAUUAUGCAUUAUGUCAAUGACAGAUUUGCCAAUAUUAGAAUUAUACAUGUGUAUUUUAAGUAAAUAUGUGGCCGAUAUUUAAUUUUAUGGAUUAAAGGCCGCCAAUCUUGUUGAGAAAUAGUACAUGAUAUGAAGUUAAUUCUUAUCUUUAAAUAUUUUAGUCAGUCCAACGAAAUGAGAGGACUUUUUCAAAAGAUAGUAUAAUUUUUGCAAUUCAUUUUCAUGCCAUAAUUUAAUGGCAGUGUGAUUAGGAUGGAUGUACUUUCACCACUUCUACUUUAUACAUUUUGCAAAAGGCAUUCGGAUUUCAAUUAUUUUCGAUAGACUUCAACCAAGAAUAAACUAAAUGACUUAUUUCAGAUUGAGCAUGUGUUAGUAUAAUAAAAGCUUGCAUUCAGAUAAAAUUAGGGGACAAUUUUUCUCAUCCAAUAUUCCACAUUUAUUAUGCUUUUUUAUGUUGGCUAGUAGCCUAAUAUAUUUCACUUUUGAUCAUCUGAUUAAACGGUUAUGUAUGUUUUGCAGAUUCUGUAAAAAUACAUGUAUUUGUUGAACAUUUUUAAUUUCGCUGGAAUUGAGAAAUGCGUAAAGAAUUAGACUACAACAUACAACCAUACAAGAAGUGUCAGCAAAGUACAUGCCACAAACGACUGACCUUUCAGCAUUUUCUAUCCUAGGCCUUACCUUCUUGAAUCAGCAACAUUUACUACCGCUUGAUGGCGUCAGAGACAAUGAAGCAACAAGACCGUCUAUUCCUCAAGUCUAUUCCUUGCAGUUCAAAAGUUAAUUCGAGAUGUUGCCAUUGAUUUAACAUCUUGAGUGUUGUCUAUUUGUGAUUGUUGCAUUUAACUUGUUAAACAAUUUGGGUAAUGCGCCAUGAUAUUUCAGGUCAUGCGUUUGAUCACCCAUUUGUUGUCGUUAGGCUAGACGUGUUGGUAGAAUAAAGGAAUGAAGGGA